AGAGAAAGUGCAUUAAUUGGUAAGUAUUAUGUAGUUAUAUAGUUAUUGCUUAACUGUAAGAGAUGCUUAUAAUUUAACAGAUUAAUCUGAAAACAAAGCUUUUAUUACAUGGUGAUAAACAUACCUAGUACUAUGCAUUUAAAAUGGAGUGUGAGCUCCCCUAUGCGACAAAGAUAGACUCUAAUCAAACAUAGGUUGGUGACUACAUACUCAGGACUAUGGGCCCUGUAUGCAAAGUUCAGUUAUUAAGCACAAACAUAAAAAAUAAACAUGCCCAGAAAGCUGAAUUACUUUAAGGAACUGAGGACACAUAAACUGGUGUUUAAGUUGCUGCAGUCCUAUACAGUGUGUUGGGUGUUGCGGCCUGAACUAGUCUAGCCAAGAGUCCACGUCCAUGAUUGUGAUCCUCUGUGCUUGAGUAAAUUUGCUGAUCCCAGACAUAUUGGUAAGGUGGUAGUGUCUUUCUUCAUGGACUGUUUUGCUUUCCAGGCCCCACCUGUAGGGAUAACUUGCUUCUUCUAAAGCAGGGCUGCCCAACAGGUAGAUCCCCAGAUAUUGUAGAACUAUAACUCCCAUGAUGCUUUGUCAUUCUAAAGGCAUGCAAAGCAUCAUGGGAGUUGUAAUUCCACAACAUCUGGGGAUCUACCUGUUGGUGCCUCCAGUUAUUGUGGAAUGAGAAAUAUCGUCCAAGACUGCUUUACAGGUUUCAACUUUGUUGCAUAGUAAGUCCUGUAAAGUAGAGAUCGGUAAAUACUUGUCUCCCUGUUUGGAAUCUCACCUCCUUUUUCUAGGUACCAGAGUGGGAGUCUUCAAAGACUUGGCUGUACCAAAGUGACAGUCAAUACUGGUACCGUUUUUUAGGGGAGACAGUGGGGGAAAUUAGUGUUUCAAACAUGGAGUACCACUUCUUGUAGUAUGAAGUAACCUCAUAUCCAGAGGUUCCUCUGUCUUGCACUGCCCUCCCUGUUAACCAGUUUCCCCUCUAGACUUGAUGGGACCUUUUUAUAAGCACCGUGUCCACCUUCAGGUCACUGUGCUUGCUUGUAGUAUUAACUGCAUCUCCCUCUACAGGUAAGUUCUGCAGUGACCUCAUGUCUGCCUUUAGCUUGGUGGAUUGCUGCAAACAUGUGCAUACAAUGUGUACCCCAUUCCUCCAAUACAUUUUAAAGGACGUCUUUACAUACAUAUGACGCAAAAAGAAAAAGGUUGUACAGAACAUGGACCAAACUGGGCAACAAGUAGGAAUACAAUAUCAACACCCGACGGAUAAGAAUAAUAAGAAAAAGACACUACAGUUAAUACAUUAGUCUCCUAUAUUUUUAUUUUUGUAUCAAAUGCCAAAACACAAUCCUAUUGGUGUCAGUAUAUUUAUGAAGAACAACAACUUUUAUAUCACAUUUGAAUGGAUUGAUGUACUACAGUGUUUUUAGAAAGUAUUUUCAUGGAUAAUAGCCCAAACAUAUCCUGUUAAAUGUCCAGAUACUUGACGUGGUUAAAAAAAAAAAAAAAAAAUUCAGAAGGUGACAGAUUUGGUACAUUUAUACAGAUAAAGUAAUAAUAUUUUUCAUUUUUUGUGCACCUGCUUUUUUUUCAGGUUUAGAUGUACAUUUGAAUAGAAUCCAGUUUAAAUUACCGUAGUCAGGUAGGAAGCAUUUAUUAUAUCAAUGGCUAAUGUAUCUAAUAUGAUUAGAUGUGAUGAAUGCAUUUCCAUUGAGCAAGUGAAUAAUAAUACUAUAUAGGGUUGUGCGCAAGUCAGCUACAAAUUGUUAUACAUCUAAUCAUGAAUAGGGCCUGCGCUCUGACUAAACACAAAAUGACCUUGCUCUGUGAAUAAAAAAAAAUCUGUUUCUGGUAAUAAUAAUCUUAACAGUUUUUGUUAAAACACCAUCCAUCUUUAAGCACUACAAAAUACAAUGGAAUAAUGAGGGAAGGACAAAUAGUACCACUGAUACUGUAGUGACGUUAAAGACUUCACAAUAUUUAUUAAAACUUUCACAUACAAUUUUAAAAAUGAACUCUCACACUUUCAUAAUAGUUACCAGCAUAUUAUAGGUACAGUUCCUAAUGACUUCCAGGUACCUCUGCUGUUCCCUGAUUCAGCAUUUAGGUGUGUAGCGCAAAGUUUGUGUUACUCUGCUUUGCCGGUUUGCUGCAGUCUCUACUGCUUUCUAUUAGCCUCCUUUCGUUCUAAUUCGGCAAAAUGCGUUUUGCCAAAAAUGUGGCUUAACAAUGGCUAACCAUUGAUAUAAUAGUUAUAAUUCGUCUUUAUUUCACAAAAUUAUGUUCUAAAAAUAAAUGCACUGUGGAGACUUGUAUGGUGUUUGGGCUCACUAAAAUCUUUUUGGUACUUGGCUAUAUGCUUUUAAACUUUAAGACCAGAAUCAACACACUCCAGGUUGUUUUUCCUGGUCUUUCAUUGCAUUAAAGGAACACUAUAGUUUUAGGCAUGUAAUCCUACUGCUUACUUACGGUUCAUGCCCAUGUGCAUUAACAAGGUAAGAUUUACUUACCUUUACUCGAUCGUUGCGCUGAUUUCCAUCCUGCUUCAGUGACUGUGAUUAUAAAUCUUGAUGAUCUCAGCUAAUCCAAUGCUUCCCCAUAGGCAGGUUUUUUUUUUGUUUGUUUUUUUCUUUCUUGGGGGUUUCUACCCCUUGCUCUUAGGAAGCUUCAGGACAAUGGCCCUGCGCAAACGUCCCUAACCUGAAGGAACCUCUUUAGUGACCGGGGACAACUUUCUGGUAGCAAGUAUAACACCCGCGGACUACCCUUUCCUACCAGAAUUAUAAGAUUCCUGAAGAAACCUGAUGAUUAUACAACAUUACCACUUUCUGGAUAUAAUUUGUACCUUUCUGCUUUUUAUGUUUCAUGUUCCAGGGGCAGCAGCAGUUCCUUCCACCUCUACACAAGAUAUCAUGGGAAUUAUCAAACAAGCAGUGUCCCAGGGUAUUAAAUAGGUCAGUCAGUAACGCAAAAGGCCCAGAUUCUAAAACCCAGUUUGGCCUACGGCGAAUUCCUUAGACUCAGACAUGUAAGUGCAGUCUUUUCAAGACACCUAUACUUUGGAAGAAGAAACUCCGCCUUCUCCUGAAUCACUAGACUCAUCCAGCCCAUCUAGUCUGCCCAAUUUUCUACAUACUUUCAUUAGUCCCUUGCCUUAUCUUACAGCUAGGAUAGUCUUGUGUCUUUAGACAAGCAACACCAAAAGUUUUAACACCAAAUGUUUUUACGGUUUACUGUUGAGGAAGGGCACUAUCAAUUUCAAACUCUUCCCUUCUGACUAAUCCCUGUUCCUUGGACAUUCUCAGAAGUUAUGGUUGUCCUUAUUGCAGAAUUGAAGAGCUUUCAUUAUCUGGAUAACAUUUUGAUCCUGUCAGACAACAAAUAUAGUCCCUUAUAUCUCACGGCUAUAUCUGCUUAAAACGCUUUCAGAACAUAGUUGAAAGAUCAAUAUAAUCAAAAGCCAACUGACACAGCCUCAGGAGAUUAUUUACUUGGGAGCCCUCUCCGAUAUAUUACAAGGCGACGUACGCCUUUCCAAAGACAGAGGAAAAUGUCUGAAAGAAAAAGCCAAAGAGAUAUUGGCUUCCAAUGUAACUAGAGCAGAGAACAUCAUGAGUCUUCUGGGAUCAAUGUCCUCCACAAUAGAAAUGACAAAGUGGGCUCAAUGAAGGAUGAUGAAUCUGCAAGAUAAUUUCCUAAAGCAAUUAAAGUCAGGAAACCAUCACCAGCUAGUCAAGAUUCCCCAAAAAGUCCAUAAUUCUCUCCAGUGGUGGUUGUCCAACAAGAAUAUAUACAGGGGAUUUCAUCUACAGGAUCAGAUAGCCCAGGGACAGUGGAAAACCUCAGCAAAGGACUUUCCUUCGAACAUCCUCGAAGUAUUGGCAGUAUUCAAGGCCCUAAAAGACUUUUGUCAUGUCCUGUACCAGAAAUGGGUGAACGUCCAGGUAGAAAAUGCCACGGUUGUAGCCUGUAUAAUUAAUCAGUGAGGUACCAAAGAGUUACAACCUGAUGAAGAUUCUGAAACCUAUGAUGUCCUUGGCUCAAACAAAUCUCCAGGGAUUAGUAGUUGUUCAUCUUCCGGGUCCAGACAGCUCUGUAACCAAUUUCCUGAGCCAAGUAAAGAUAGACCGAGGGGAAUGGUUAUUGUCACAAGAGAUCUUCUAAGACAUAGUAAACAGGUGGGGGCAGCCUCAGAUAGAUCUAAUGGCCAGCUACAAGAACAACAAGGUACCAACAUACUUUUCCAGGAUGUUCGAUCCACAAGCUAUAGGAAGAGGCAACUAUCCAGCAAAUGGAACUUUGUUCUGGGUUAUGCCUUUCCCCCAUCUCUCCUUCCAGCUCUAUUUCAGAGUGGACUUUGCAAGUAAACCGUGGGUGUCAUCCUAAUAGCUCUUUUCUGUUCUGGCCUCGCAGACAGUGGUUUCCACUUCCACAGAGCCACUGCUUGGAACCUUCAUGGGAACUUCCUUCCAUCUACAUCAAGGCCCAGACAUUCAUAACCCAUGUACGAAGAACAUUCUUGAAUUCAUUCAAGCAGGUCUAGAGAAAGGGCUAAACUACAUCACCCUGGAGGUACAUGUUUCAGCUCUAUCUGCGCUCACUAAUCUUAAAUGGCGUAUCCUCCUUUAGAGCCAGUUUACCCUCCGUAGGAACUGCCUUUAGUUAUAAGACCGUUAAAAUAAACUCCCUUUGAACCAUUAGAUUCAAUCUCGCCUCCUCUCCUUACUAUUUAAACAGUUCUCCUAGUAGCCUUGGCUAUCCAAAUUGCAAGCCCUUUUAAGAUCUGAACCAUUCACGUUCUUUCAUCAAGAGUAAUUCUACGAACAGUUCCGUAAUUCAGACAUCUCACACCUCCUUUUCAUCUGAAUGAGGAUAUAAUCCUUCUUGCAUUAGGUUGAACUUGGUAGAAUGAGGUAGAAAUAUUGGACCUCUUACCUCUCCAAAUGAACUUCUUCUAAGAGAUUCUUUGUUAUACCUAAUUGAGCCAGGAAAGGACUUCAAGCAUCCAAAGAAGCCAUCAGCUGAUGGAUUGUGGCGUGUGAUUUUAAAUACACUAUUCGGUUUUGCAUUAUUAUGGUGUCUGUGAGUUUUUCUUUCCUGCCUUAGUCUAUGCUUCGGUAUUAUGUAUGUUGUGCUGCCAUGGAUAUGGGCAGGAAAGGGAAAAAUUUGUUCAUAAUUACAGUAAUUUUCCUUUGCUGGUCAUAGGCCAUAUCAGCACAAAGAUCCCUCCCUUGAGAUUUAGCUUCGGACUAAGGACCAGAAGGUAGAAGGUGGUACUUAUACCUAUAUUUUAUUUAGGUUCCUGUUUACCUGGGGAUGGGAGGAGCUUACCCAUUGCUGUGCUGCCAUGGCCUAUGACAGUGAUGGCUAAUCUUGACACCAUAAAUUGUUUCUGGACUACAUUUCCCUUGAUGCUCAGCUAGCUUUUAGAGUCUAAAAGCUAGCUGCGCAUCAAGGGAAAUGUAGUCCAGAAACAAUUUCUGGUGUCAAGGUGAGCCAUCACUGGCCUAUGACCAGGAAAGGAAAUUUACGAUAAGUAUGAAUACAUUUUCCUCUACUGGCAGUAUAUCAAGAAGAAACACUGCAUGUGCAGAGUCUUUGCACCAUAAAGACUUCAACAAACAGAAGUUGUUAUGGUGCCUAAAGUAACCCUUUAAUAGUUCAAAAAAGAAAAGAGAACUACUGCCAUAGAAUAGAUGAGGUUAAAAAUUAACUUUUAAUUAUAUAAUUAAAAUAGGAUAAAGAAACAAAUAAAUAUGAUAAAACUCUCAAUAUGCCAAAAAGGAAUAUAGAGAGAUGAGAGAUACACAACAAAUAAGUGAUUAUAAUGUCCAGAUUAUUAUAAAUUAAUCAUUUGACAAAUAAUCAGCAGUUAGAUAGUAUCUAAAAUUGUUAUAAAUUGGUAAUUUCGAUUAACUAAGUUGUUGCAAAUUAAUGCUUUCAAUUAACUUAUGCUGCAGUGCAAUAUAUGUGCUGUCUGUAAGAGGUAGAUAAGAACAAAGAUUAAUUAAAUUCCCAAUGUAACUUUAUAAGAAGUAUUGCAAAAAACUAACUGUGCCUUCAUGGGCACCUACCCAGGGCCGUCUAUAAUAUGAUUAGGACCCUGGGCAAUGCAUUUUCUUGGGCCCCAUGGGCCCUGUCCCUGCCACUGCCUCACCCCCCAAUUACGUCCAACCCGCAAUCACACUGACAGACGUACUGGCACAUACACACACAGACAGACAUUAAAACAUUCACAGAUACAUACUGACACACAAAGUCACUACACACAAAUAUAUACUGGCAGACAUACUGACACACACACAGACAUACAUACAUACACAGACACAUACAUUAACAGAUAUACUGACACACACACAAACACAUACACUGACAGAUAUACUAAAACACAUAGACACAUACACUGACAGACACAUUGACACACACACACACAGGCAUACUGACAUAUACACACAGGCAUACUGACAUAUACACAGACAGACGUAAUGGCUGAUACAGACAGACAUUAAACAUUCACAGAUAUAUACUGACACACACAUACACUGACAUACAAAUAUAUCCUGGCAGACAUACUGACAUACAUACACACACAGACACACAUACACACACAGACACAUACACUGACAGACAUACUGACUGACACACACAUACACACAGACAUACUUACAUACACACACAGACAUACUGACACACAAAGACAUGCUGACACACACACACACAGACAUAAUGACAUACACACAGACAGACGUACUGGCACAUACACACAGACAGACAUUAAAACAUUCACAGAUACAUACUGACACACACAUACACUGACACACAAAUAUAUCCUGGCAGACAUACUGACACACAACACACAGACAUACUGGCAUACACACAGACAUACUGGCACACACACACACAGACAUACACACACACAGACAUACUGGCAUACACACACACAGACAUACUGCAACACACACACACAGACAUACUGGCAUACACACACAGACAUACUGGCAUACACACACACACAUGACACACACACACACAUACACACACAGACAUACUGGCAUACACAGACAAUACUGACACACACACACAGACAUACAAUGACAUACACGACAUACUGGCAUACACACACACACAUACUGACACACACAUACACACACAGACAUACUGGCAUACACACACAGACAUACUGGCAUACACACCAACACCACACACACGCACUGACAUACACACACAGACAUACUGACGCACACACACUGACACACACACACAGACAUACACACACACACACAGACCUACUGACAUACAUUUAGCCACCCUCCAGGUUCUUACCUUUUCCUGGAGGGUGGUUUCCCUGGUCCAGUGGCAGGCUGAGGCAGAUGGGAAUUCUCCUCUGGAACUCCCCUCCUCCCUGCCUUCCUCCUCCCGCGCGGCUAUCUCCGGUGGGAGGAAGUGACGUCACUUCCUCCCAGCCGGCUGCAGAACCGGAAGAGGGGCCCGGUCGCGCUGUUUAAGCGCCACAGCGCCCGACAGGGCCCCUGCUGACACAUGCUCCCCGGGUGGCCCUUAGUGCAUGGGCCACCCGGGGAGCCUCCUCAGUGUGCGGGAGCCGCACCGCAGGGCCUGCGCAAAUCGCGGGGCCCACAGAGCAGCUGCUCUGGGCCCCCAGGAGCAACUGGGCCCGGGGCAGCUGCCCCGUUUGCCCCGCGUUAAAGACGGCCCUGCACCUACCUCAAGAAAACCCCACUACCUACCUCAAGAAAACCCCACUAAAUUAGCUAACUAGCCAGAAAAAUAAAUUAAGAAGUGAAUCUGCAGGACGCCUUGAUAAGCGUAUACUGUGCACAGUUCCUUCAUGUUCUAAUCGAAAAGAUCACUUCUUGUUACUGAAACUGAAACUGAUGAUUGCUGUCUAUGUAGGUAGAAAAAACAUCUAACUGUGCCUUCAUGGGCAACUGCUACUGCUGAAAUUCUGAGUUAGCUAAUAGUCGGGGGGAAAAAGCCCUGAUAAGCGUACAACAAACCCCGAAAAACUUUAGUUGAAAUAAUUGCUAUACUGAGCAAUCUCCCAAAAAAAAAACACGCGCGUUUCGCCGGUAAGGCGGCUUUUCAAGUAUAGCAAUUAUUUCAACUAAAGUUUUUCGGGGUUUGUUGUACGCUUAUCAGGGCUUUUUGGGUUUUUUGGGGAGAUUGCUCCCUUUUCUCAAACCACCUCAAUUUGAAUUUAUCAUUGAUCUUUAUAUAUUUGAAGUGGGGUUAAUUGGAACAGCUCAGUAUAGCAAUUAUUUCAACUAAAGUUUUUCGGGGUUUGUUGUACGCUUAUCAGGGCUUUUUGGGGUUUUUCGUAUAGCUGAACGCCACGUGGAAUAGAAAACCGCGGCCAUCUUGUUCACACGAGAGGAGUCAGCGGGACUUGGUCGUCGAAUGUCUGGAACUAAAAUCGGACACUCAACCUCGCGAACCACCGCUGAAACUACCAAAACGCCGGCUUCUUGUAUUUCCCAAACAGCCAGGGAAGCGCCGUUCGGUAGUUCUAUGCAAACGGACAAGGGGAGCAAUCGCUGCUAUGAGCCAGGGGUAUCCUUUCGGGACUUUUGUUCGGCUUUUACAGAUUUGUGAAUUGACCGACCGCACACGCUGAAUUCAUGGAACUGUUUUGGGCAGGAGCCGCGUGUGUGGUCGGUAAAAGGGACCCUCCACACUGUUUCAGAACCCCUGAACCGAUCUGGGUGAAAUUUAGAUAUGUGCUAUCAGGGGAUAUGUAAUUUGUGGGGAUACCUUGUGGGGAAAGGGGUGUUCUAAGUUUUGGGGAAAUUGUGUGCUCUCUGGCUGGAGAUAAUUGGUUUAUUCCUUAACUUAUCUCAAUAUCUCCCAGGCAGAGAGAGGGCGUGUAUUACUGUAAAUCUGUACGUUGAUUGGCUGUUGUCUUUGUUUGCUGUGGGAGGUCCUCUUGCAGGAGGAUUUCUCAUAGAAGCCCGUGUGUGUCAAUAAAUUUCAUUCCUGUUACACCCUUCAUGAAGUCUAGGCUCAUGUUUGGGGGAUAUUCUACUUGCUGGGAAGAAUCACCUUGGAACUGCAUUUCAUCUACCUUAUUCCUCUACUCCCUGCUGCAGCUAUAAUCACUCAUGCUCAGCUGUUGGGAAAGGGAACAGAACACCGCAACACCAUAACCACUGCAGGUCUUAACACAGAUACAUUUUAAAAUCCAUUUGGAAAUAGCAGUACAGUCUGAUGUAACUAUGUAUUUAACUAACCUAGUAUUUACUAAUUAAAACUGAUGAUGUUAUUACUGUCUAUAAAAAUAUCAAAAUAUGUGUUGUUAUUCUACACUCCCGUCCUGUGUUUUAAAGCACUCCGUACAACCAUUCUUUAGCACUAGCCAAUACCAGCCUUUUAUAAAGUAUACCUUGUCAUCUUUCCCACAUUAGAUGGGACAGUACUCAUUCUUAACGCUCAUAUGUGAGGGCUUCAGCAGUGCUAGCACGCAUAUGCACUGUAUUAAGGGAAUGACCCUACCGUGCAAGUUAUCAGUAACACAGAUUGCUUCCCUAGCACAUCCCCAUGUCAGCCCCACCUGACUCCCUCCCAUUUUGGCUUCAUACCUGCUACUCUGAGAAAUCUCCAGGUUCCAUGGAAAGCCCUGUUUUUUGUCAAACUCCAUAGACUCUGGACAACUUAACCACUACAACAAGCUUUAUUGCACAUGCUGCUUAGUGUCUUUUUAAAAAUAUAUUUACUUAUUAAUAUUUAAAUAACUUUUGUCCCUUUAAGAUGUUCGGUAUACUGGUGCAAGCAGAAUUGUGAGUAGGAGAACGUUAAUUUCCAUCACUUCUGUAUAUUAGAAGAUCCUAUGAGGAGGGAGAACAAUGUGUCAGUAUAUUGUAAGUGAAAGCUGCCAGUGACUCCAUGUUGAAUUUCAUAGUCUGUAUUCUAUCGCCUUCCUAUUAGCCAGGGAGCUUCUCUAAGUAGGCAGCAGCCUUAUUAUUGAUCAGCUGAUCACUGAGAAGUUAGAACCUAUGUGGAUGUUUGUCAUCUGUUUUCCCAAAGGUUCUGAUUGAAAAUUAAAUCGUGUGCUGCUUCAGUAAAUCACUUCUGAUUUGGGGCUAUUUUUACAUUAGCUUUAUUCCUCUCGGGUUCUUGUUAUUGUGCUCUGUUUUGUAGAAAUAGGAUAUCAGGCAGCUAGUUCUGGUAAAUUAAACUAUUCUAUACCGAAUCUGACAGCCGCACAGGAACUCUGUGUAAUCCUAUGGCUUUGAGCCACUGGAGUUUAAAGGAUACCAUAGACAGUUUGAGUAAGACAUAUCUCUUCAUGUAAGGCAGGGGUAGGCAACCCUCACUCGAGUGGACGACAUCUUAUCUGAUGCUUUACCAGAAUUAUGGCUGAAAGUGCAUUGUGGGAGACGUAGUCUGCAACAUUGCUGGGGUGCCGAAGGUCACCUACCCCUGAUGUAAGAUAUACAAGCGCUGGUUGGCUUUACAGGUUUACAGAACACAUGAUUUUAUUAAUUAAAGGUCCACUAUUGUGCCAGGAAAACAAACUUGUUUUCCUGGCACUACAUAGUUCUCAGGGCCCCCCUCCCGCUGGGCUGAAGGGGUUAAUACCCCUUAAGCCACUUACCUUAAUCCAGUGCCUGGCUCCCUCGGCGCUGGUGACCUCUCCUCCUCCUCCGACGUCAGCUCCCGAGUGGAGCUGAAUGCGCAUUCAAACCGCCCAUAGGAAAGCAUUACUCAAUGCUUUCCUAUGGACGCUCUGCGUGCUCAAUGCGAUUUUCGCAUUGAGCGUUGCGGAAGUGCCUCAAGAGGCUGUCCAGAAGACAGCCACUAGAGGUUGGAUUAACCCUGCAAUUCUCUAAAACUGCUAUGUUUACAGCUGCAGGGUUAAAACCUGGGGGACCUGGCACCCAGACAACUUCAUUGAGCUGAAGUGGUCUGGUUGACUAUAGUGGUCCUUUAAAUAGCUCAUUAGAUUUUUAUUGAACUUACAGAGGCAGAUACACUAUUAAUCUAGAGAAAUUUAAGGUUAUCAUAUAAUAAAAGGAGAGCCCUGCACCCAGUAUGGUACAAUCUACUCAGCAUCUUCCAAAAUCUUUGCAUGAAUGUACAGAGAUGCUCAGGGCUUCAGUCAGUAACUGACAGUUGAUAUCAAUGGAGCGAUGGCUUACCAGUUACUUAUGCUAGUUAUGUCUUUAUUUGCCUUUUCGACUGUUGUACACAGACAAAGCAGUACCUACAGUGUACAAAUAAUUUGCGAGUGCACUGACAUUUAUUUAGAGCAUAUCCAAAUGCAGUUUAUUUCAAAAUAAAAAAAAAAUAUUAAUUUAGAAAAAUGUUGGUGAACUGUUUGCAUUAACAGUCCUAAUGAAAAACAAAAAUCCCUAUUGCAAUUCUAAAUAAGUAGAACAUGUUCUAAUGCUAUAAAUGUGACAUUCAACCUAUUUACAACCUAAAAAAACUACUUAAAAUGCAAAGAAGGAGGUUAGAUUCAUACAAGUUGUGAUGUAUAUGUAGAAACACAUAUCCAAUGCAUAUAGAAUCCUAUAAAUAUGUAUAAUAGAGUUCGUGCUAGAACUACAUGUGUUACGAAACAGGCCAUCUGUCACGUGGCCACUGGGUUACUAAAACUAUAGGGUUUUCCAUUCAUCAUCUGCGUAACUCCUGGAGUGUCAACAUUUGUCUUUAUUUUGCUGUUGAUUCCCUGAUGCAAUAUUUAGCCAAGAGAAUUUAGAUUUCACUCAAGAAAAAUGGGGAAAAAAAAAAAAGAAUCUUGGGAAUCUGUGUCCAAAUGGUCCCAGUAGGAGAAUCUGCACAGAAGAUCAUGUCAAGAUCCUUCGUAAUGUAUAAAGACCCCCAGUAAACCUGAACAAGCCUGUGUGAAACUGUCUUCCAAGUUAAUAUUUGUACACAGGUGGGGCAUAAGCAUGUGUUUCAUCAAACCAUUGUGAGUGGCACAAGUCAUGACAGAAGAUGUAAAAGGUUUGCAGUUUCACCCCAUGGUAUAGUUCUCCUACCAAGUCUGUAUUAAUGUGAAAUGUUAGUGUUGCUAUAUGUGUUCAACCAUUAACAACCAGACGGAGAGAGGACCUUUGAGAUUUUACUUGAAAUACUAACAGGAUUAUUCCCUAAACUCGGAAUUGUUCCGAAUUGACCAUCAAAUUUAAACCGAAAACAGUCGCGUUAUGGACAGUUGGUGAUGGUCAGAUUGUAGAACAGUGGUAUGCAGAACUUAUUUUGGGGAUAAACCUGUUUAGGGGUAGGCAACCUUUGCCACUCUGGAUGCUUUGCCAGCAUUAUGGCUGUAAGGGCAAUAUGGAAGAUGUGAUUCACAACAUCUGUAGUAUGGAACGUCACCUACCCCUGAACUAGGUACUUACUCCUCAAACACUUUCUAGGAAAAGAUUCUCAUCGUGCUCAAUUAGGAGUCUUCCAUAAAGAGCGCAGCUGCAAGGAGGCCAACUACACAGUUCCAAAUAAAGGAACCUUAGAGAACUGUUUUUUCUCAAGAUCUAUAAUUCUCUCAUCUUCUAAUUUCUGAGCCCCUUUAUCUCUUCAGUUUAUUCUUGUUUAUGCUAUAAAUAUACUAAUUUUAUGAAAGAUCAUUUGGGAGGGGAGUGCAUGGCUGGAUUGAUGAUUGAAAACAUUAACAUGUCACUAAAUUACUACUGAGUUAAUGUAUAUUUCAUUUAUUACAAGCAGAUUGCACAGUAACAUCGUGUGUGUGUUUCUACUGCUUUAUUAUCAUUAUAUUAUUUGGCAAGGACUGACUGUCAACCCUCCUUUUAUGUUUCAUUGAAUUUCAGUGCAUUUCGGGAUAUUUUAAGGAUCUUUGUGUUCUAAUUGAAUCCCCAGUAGCAAGUUCCCUGUUUGCAGUCUUUGUAUCUCUGUUCAUGUAAUGAGCCUGUGUGCAUUUUUCGAGCAAUCUCCCCUCUCCUGCUCUGAGAGAGGGAGGAUUCAUUGUAUCACUGUGCUUCCAUGGUUCUAUAGCAUCACCCUGGGUGACUGCUUCCUUUAGUCUUUCUAUGUUUCUAUCCUUAUCGGCACGAAGGUGAUCAGAAAGGCAGCUAGGAUCCUCUUGCCCUGGACUCUCUCUGGAAGGACCAAGAAGAGUGAUGAGAUUCAGGGUGAGCUGUUUGAGCCCCCCCCCUCCUCUUUCCCAGGCGCUUGACACGAUUUGGAGGAGAUGCUUGCUGGGGGCGAGAAGCAGAGAGGAGGAUGUGUUGUCUUCUACAUGCCCUGGUCACAGCCAGAGGAGGACCGGCUGAAGGACACCCGUGAGAAAAUGCACAGCUCCAGGACAUGGCUUGCCAUCGUCACCUUGAGAUGGGCUUACACAACCAGGCACAGCACCGAGCUGACUGAGGGCUCCAGAGCCAUCAAUCCAGCACAGCCCAUGGCCCAGCAGCAGAUGCAAUAAGAGGGAAAGGAUUCACCAUGGGGGAUAACGGCAGCUGGAGCUUCAGGAACCGGAGCGACCUCAGCUUCUAUCAGUCGGCGACCAGGUCUCUAGAGAUCAGGAAUGUGUCCCUUUCACACGUCAUGUGGAGCAACCGGAGUGCUUCUGAUGGGCUCAGCUAUAGGCAUUUCACCAUCAGCGUCCAAGUUGUCAUUUUUAUCGGGUCUUUGCUGGGUGAGUCCACAUCUCAGGAGCUUCUAAAAUAUUCAGUAGUAGUGCUAGUUGUAGUAGCAAUAUUAUUAUUGCUACAAGUCAUUGUGAGUGACAGGUGGAAAGAGAACAAAGAUUCCACCUGGACAAAUGGUUACAUCACACUCUAAUACUGGUUACUAUGUACCUGACCAUGUGCUAUCUCUACACCUCAUCCCCAGUCCAUGUGCAGUGGUGCUUUUAGAGGUCUUCCAAGUGUUAUUUGCCUACUCAUAUAUAUGUAAAAUAGCCUCUGUUUACUAUAUACAUGUAUAACAACACUGUAUGCACCAGAUAACUAAAGAUAUGGCCAACCUCAUUGUGAGUGUGGGUAUACUUUCCUUAUAGCUAUUGGCCUUUUCAAAAUAUCAUAUGUUGUUAAGUUGGUAUACUUGGUUAAGCUUUGCUGAUGUUCACAUCAUUGUUUGGACCGUGGGAAAUAUUGGAGUUAAUGUUUUUAUUUUAUGUUAUAUUUGGACUUAGUGAAUUCAUUAUGUAUGUUAAUGUGGUGGGCAGGUGGAGAGACCCUUCUAGCUUUUUUGUUCUGAUUGCUUCCAGUUACUAGACUCCCAAAAAGGACUUAUAACUCCAGUUAUUUAUUGGUAAAAAUUAUUGUAUCCCCUUGUCCAGUUCAUAUAAUCAAGCAUUAAUGCCAUUCCUCUAUGUCUGUUAUGUACAUUUAGAUCAAUUAUUGAUUAUGUUCAGUACCAAAUCAUUAAUAUUUAUUAAUCUUCUGAAUAGUUUCUAUAUACCAUAUACCAGCUAUGCUGUAAAUUGUAGUGUAGCUUACACCACCCACCAUGACUCUGCUGCUAUCAAUCAGGUACACAUUUUAAAAUAGGACAAUACCCAUCUCUGAUACACUUCAUGUAUCUACUAUAGAGCUAUGACUCUCCUAUGACUUUUAUUCCUACGAGUGUGACUGUAUACUUUGUAAUCCUCCUCUCCUUUGAUGACUUUAUAUGCAUUAUACAGAACGCUGAAUUUCCAAUAACCACUCUAUGCUAGUACAAGUGACCCCUUCAAAGUAAUCUGUGACCCCUUUCAAGGUAUUAUCCUUUGAAUUCAAUAUGCUGCCGCACAAUUUUCAAUUCUGACCUAUUUCUCUAACCAUAGGUUUUCCACUAUUCUCAUUAAAUUUUCAUGAUACCACUCCAGUAAUUAAAGUCAAGAACAUACCAGUAAUAAAAGGCAUGAGUUAUUUUAAUUAUAUCAUCCCACAAGAUGUAGGACACAAGAUGAUAAAGUUUAUUUAAACAGGAUAUUUUGAAGAAUAUGAUUAAUUUCAAUUUUUUAAUGAGAUAUCUAGAAGCAUGCUAGGUUAUAAUGGAAGAUGUUCAAUCCAAGGACGGUUGAAUGGAAGUUCCCCAGCUAACGCAGGACUGCAAUUCACAUUGUUUGUUUCCAGCUCUAAUACUGGUCAUUAUAGUGUCCUGACAAUGCCUGGCACUUUACAGGUCAUUGAUAAGACAUCAGGUAGAGUGAAACUCUCACAGUGUUUUUCCAAUUCAUAGACAUUUAGAGGCAGGAUGGAUUUGAUGAAUUUUCACAAAUUUGAGCACCUGAGACAAAUACCUAUUACAGCAGUGUUAACUCAUCUAAGUAGCACAGUGUCAUUUGAAAUUGCUGUGCUAAUUGUGCGACACCUGGAGUUGUCUUGUGUCCCUGCCAUUUUCUAACUGUAAAAAGAUGAAUCCAACAAUUUAAUCUGGUAUAGUGAAUCCCUCAUUUAAAAUGAGAUGAUUGAAACAGAAAAUCGGUCUAUAAAUAAAAAUAAAGUAAGAACAACCAUCAACAAGUUGGAUAUAGUUGUAUGCGGCUAUAUAUAGUUGUUCCCCGUCAUCUUUGAUCCAUUCCUUUCUUACGUUGCUUGUCUCUCAACCAGUUCUAGUUCAAAUUGGGUUUUUACUAAUUGACCUCAAUAUUUGUUCUUAAUACCGCUUUUAAGUACAUAACAACUUGCAUUGGCUUUCAAUCCUCUGCCACUGAUGUUCCAUCUCUUGAGAGUUUGGAAUCUUUAAAUAUUCCCAGACUCUUCCCUAUUCUGAAUAAUAUCCCACUUUACAUAAUCCUUCAGUUAGAAUGUUUAUUUCUCUUCCUAAAUGCAUUCAUUUAUUUUUUCAUAGGCUGAAAUACAUCUGCAACUUAAAGUAUCACUCGACGUACGUGAUUAAUGUCCACAAGUGUUCAACUUUCAUAGAAAAAAAUUACACAGGAUUAAUCUUUUAAUUUGGAAUUGAUGAAAAAAUGACAAAUUUAAAUUUUUUGUUCUAAAUAGCCAAUUUGUACCAGAGGCGUAGCUAGGUAACUUGGCACAUGGGGCGGAAAUGUAUAUUGGCACCCGCUCUGGGCAAACUAGAUGGGCUGAAUGGUUCUUAUCUGCAGUCACAUUCCAUGUUUCUAUGUUUUUAACCUGUAGAUUUGGUUUUUAUGUCUCUCUGAAAUGUCCCAAAAUUCUUUUGUUAUGGAAAUUACAACACUACUGAUUUGGACAAAUUCUCCAAGUUAGCUUUGUUUUCAAUUCAACUAUUUUGGUGGACAUUUUAUAAUCACGUUGAAUUGUCUUUCUGUUCCCAACAAUUCACACUUUCGUAACUUUACAAAAACCUGCAGCAGCUCGCUCUUCCUUCAGCUGCUGAAACCCCUGCCCCCCAACAAUUGUAUUGACAUGUCCUGCCAUGAACGCAUUCAAAUAAGACUAGUUUAAACAUUCGGAAAGCAUUUCAAUCUAUUUCCCAUACAUAUCAAUGUGAGAGCAUUGAUUGGUUAAAAUAUAUCAACCACCUUGUGGUAUUUUAAAGUGAAUGAAAUGAUGAUGAUGCCACAAAUUACUCUAAUAACUGCUCUUUAGAACAGUGGUGUAUAGCAGGACAUCUCUGAAAAAUAAUGUGUUGAGACUUAUAAAGGAAAGGCAACACCAUUGGAAAACCAUGAUGGUCAGUUUUUAACAGAGACAAAAAUGCAGUGGACAUGAUCACAAAAUCGAAAUUAUUUAGCAUACCUACCGUAAGUUUACUACAAUCAACAUAGAAUGUUUUAGAUUCAUAUCCCCAGUGUGGCACUACUAGGUAGAUAUAUCUGAUAGAGUACCGACUGGGUGUAUAUGAUACAAGGAAUUACCCUAACAUGCAGAGACUAGGAUAACAAUAACAGACUGGAUAGAAUAGACGUACUACCUGUCCUUACAGUGGCCGGACUGGCCGAGCUUAUUGUACAAAAGAGAGGUAGCGUAGUCAGAUACAAGUCUAGGUCAGGAUAACAAAGACUGCAUUACCAAACACAUAGCUGGAGUCAGGUUAACAGUAUAUGAAAAGUACACUUAAAAAAAAAAAGCCACGAUCAAUACCAGAAAUAAUACAAUGUAACAACUUUGGUUAUUUCGUUCGGCGCGUGCGGCCUGUUUGGAAGUUCCAAAUCGCAGCGAGGAUCAGGAAAAUAUCAUUACAAUAUAUUAGGUAAUUUUUUUCAAAUAUUGUUUUAUUGAGUCAAUUUUUAUCCAACAAUUUACAAUUUGAAUAGGUUAAAAUGAUAAUUACAAUACAGAGUUAAUUUAUACACAAUAUUACAUUAGGAGUUUAGGACUGUGCUUACAUGCCUCUUCCAAUCUAACACAAAGUAUUGAUGUAGCUAUAAAGAUAGCGUCCAUCUACACAGAGAAUAGAAGUAUCAGGGGUUGUAACAACGUUUGCAUUACAUGAGUCAUCUUUUACUUCAAGGGAUUUAUGUAAUGCACACUUUUUUCACACUGGCAGGAAAUACACACUGAAAUUGCUUUGUCCAUAUGGCACUCUGUUUGAGUGUUAUGAUCUCUGUUCUGUUUGUUCAGUAUGUCCCAUAUAUACAAGCAGCAAUGAUCCCUCUUACCUCACAUGUUUAUUGUUUGUGCUUAUUUAUUAUACAUUAUCUAUAUAAUGUCUUACAAAAACCAAAGGGUCUGUUCCAGCCUGGAGUGUCCCCUUUCACUAUGAAUUUAUGUAAUAUAAUGUACUAAACUUAUGGGAAAUGUUACAACCAUGAUUCAGUGUGUUCUAGCUGAGUUUCAUAAAUCUGUUUUUCAUUAAUCUUGGUUCACUGCUUAGUGAAUAAGCCACAAAUGUUCAGGGAUUCUGAGACCUACAUUUAUAGCUGUAGAUUUGACAUACCCAUACAUUUCCAUGAAACAAUGUAUUACAUUUUUUAAUUUUAAAGUGGCACUGUCACCAUAGGGCUUUUCAUAUAGAUAGAAUUGUUCGCUAAGGUUCAUGUUAAUAUUGUAGAAAUUUAUUUGAAAUUCCAAAGCGAUCACAAGUUGUAGAUGAGACAAAGCAGGGACUACUCGUAUGUUCUGCCACCAUGUCCUACCCUUUCUCAUCAGCCAUUGGUUGCAACAGCUGAUGAGAACAUGCAUCUUUAUGUGGUAUGAGCUAUUAAUUCUUAUAACAUCUUAUUACACAUGUACGCAAAGUUCUGUGAUCUGCAGUCUGGCGGGAUCUUCCAUAGAACCAGAGCAUUAAGUAAGUAUAACAUUCAAACAGACAAACACUGCUCAGUAGUGAAUACAACCCUGCAAAGAUGGGCAAAUGAUAGUUCCCUAGGUGGAAAAGCCUUGUGGGGGUUGUUCAACAGAUAGGGAUCUACCUUUUGGCCCUUGCAAUAAGGGGAGGUGGGGCAGGACAUUUCUUGCACCAUCACCCUCUCUAUAUAGUUCAACCACUGCUUAAGGAGACCCUCCAAAAACCAUAACAUCCUGUUAUGGAUGACAUAAUCUACAUCUGGCACUUGGAGCCGUUCAUUGUCAUGCAGGUUGGACCAAAUUGGCAUCAACAAUGUAAAAGUGUUAAUUCCACAUUAUCAGUGCAGAUGAUGGGGUGAUCCAUGCCAGGAAGUGGUGGUGGUUAGGCUGCGUAGAUAGUCCCUUUAACUGUGUGCACAACAGCAUUUUAUAAAAGUGUUUAUCAACACUUGUAGACAUUUACUCAUUACAAACCCUAGAUUAGAGAACUAUUAUUUGUUUUUUACUACUGCAAAAGUAACUCUUCUGUCUGGUAAACACUGAGUCACUCAAACAAGUUACCGAGUACACUUGUUGAAGUUUGUGUUGUGGUCGCAGGUCAUGAGUCAAUGAUGAUGUUGUAAGCUUCCUUCCUUUUUUUAAUGAAAGAUUUUAAAGGCCAUGACUCAACACUUCUAAUUGUCAUUAUAAAGCUAUCUUAAGACUGGCAGAACGGCCAGAGAUCAGCUCAAGUAAAGUUUGAAGCUGGUGUGAUAUCCCCUUGAAGAAAGGGAGGGUACCAUUUUCCUGGAUGUUGUGAAAAGAUCCCUGGGCAAUUCUCGGAUUUCUAGUCUGCUUCAAUACCAGCGGAUCCUUAGUAAGGUAUAGGGGCUUAACUGUAUUUAGAGAGACUCCGUAAAAAAAAUUGGAUCCAUUCAAAUGUGCUAACACGCAAUAGGUCCUGUUUCCAGGCAGUAAAAGCUGAACAGCCUUUGGCUGAGCCUGCAGCAUAAAACUGUACAGUUUUUAGGAGGGAAAGAAAAAGGACCAAGGAUAUAUAUGUAUAUAGAUCAGUGGUGCCCAAAAGGGAGAUCCCCAGAUGUUUUAAAACUACAGCUUCCAUGAUGCCUUGUCAUGCUAAACGCAAUCUAGAGGCAUGCAAAGAUUCAUGGGAGUUGUAGGACUACAACAUCUGGGGAUCUAGCUACUGGGCACCCUUGAUAUAGAUGAUACAUACUGUAAUGGUGAUCUCUUUAUUUAUUGCCAUCUAGGGCUUGGGGUGGUUCUUUAAUUCUUUGCCAGUAUGUCUGGGUACACCCCGAGAUUAGUUAGAGUUACAGUCUCAGGCACCAAGUAUUUCAGCCACUGUCUUUGAUUCAGCUUGGAAAAGUGCUGCAUUAAUUUAGCAGCUGUUGCGAUUUGUGGGUGUAAUUCCCACUAAUCACAGCAGCCCUGCAGAUGUUUGUUUAUUACAUGGGACAAUUGCGCGGCCGCAUCACCAUCUGUGCAGUACAGGAUUCUAAAACACAGUCUACCAAAUAAAGUAAUGGCCAGAUUAAAAAAUGCCGGAAUUCACGUACAAGUAGCGAUGUGUUCUGUAAAAGAUAAAUACGCACAUUGCGCAUACACAAAGCGAUCUGACGUUUCUCACAAAAAUUUAGAUGGGUAGUGUUUCUUGCGACCCACGGGAUGAAGGUCAGCAGGUGUACACCGUGUUCUCACCAGCCCCCUAAAACAUUUAUUUUUAGUUUUCUAUCUUUUAAGCUCCUCUAGUAGUUCUAACAAAUAUGUUUUGAAUCUAAGUCUAAAUUAUUUCUGCUUUUCAUUUACCAAAUGUCUAAUCCAGCAAAAAGUAAAAAGGAGGAUUGUAGCAAACCUUUGGAGAAUGGAAAAGCCAUGUUGAAGUCUAAACAUCGUAUUUGUGCCAGCUGUGAGCGGGCUUUUCCUGAUGGUUACAAGUGAAAAUAAUGUAACCCAUGCUGAAGAGGAGAAAAAUAAAUUCAGUUGGUUCAAUUCUUGCAGCAGACCAUCCUUGAUCAGUACUCAGAGACUUUGCAGUCGGUUUAACAAAACGUACCCUCUAUCGCCAAUCAGGUGUAAGUGGGCAGAAAGAGGACGGAAGAGGUGGCUUCAUCUAGUUUAGAGGAUUCUUCCUCUGUAUCAUCCUCUAUGUUUGAGGAUUCAAAAUAAGAAUUUUCAUUUUGUCAGGAAGAAAACAUUAAUAAGCUCAGAAGGGAGAUGGCUCUGUUGAUGGACGACCACGAAGAUGCUUCAAAGGCUAAGAAGUCUAAUGCUCUUCCUUUUCAAUCAGUUUUCAAGAAAGCUAUCCUAAGAGAAUAGCUCCCUCUUAGAGUUCCCUGUAAGAAUUUUUUUUUUGAAUAAACAAUUUAAUCAAAUAUUUGCCGUAAAUGAAGACAAAAAAUUGGAAGAACUCCCAAAAGUGCGUGUUCCGGUAGCACAGUCAGACAAAAAGACCACUCUCCCUAUAGGAAAUACGGCUGGUUUAGAGGAUUCCUGUUAAAAAAACAGGAACUUUAUUACGUAGAGCCUUGAUAACUUUGACAGUCAAGACGAAGGCCCUGAUUCAGCUGUUUCAGUGGUGAAAGCUCAAAGUAUGUAGAGAAGUUGCUAUUAGGUUAAUGCUAAACUUUUAAAAAACAUCAGAAUGGCAGCAGAAUUUGUUUUUGAACCUUUGACAGAAGCCUUGAAAUUAUUAGCUAGCGAUAUGGUUUGUCCACAGUAGCCAAAGGGCGGUGUGGUUGACAAAUUGGACUACUGAUGCUUCUUCAAACUAUAUAUUAUGUUACUUGCCCAUUGAGUAAGGGAAGCUCUUUGGGUCACAGAGGACCUUACCCAACAAAUGGCUAACAGAAAUAAAGCCCUUGUUCAAGAAAAGAGGAAAUAUAAAUGGAAACGCAGGUUUCCUUUAAAUGAAUGUCCAUCUCACAGGGAAAGUUUCAAGAGAUCUAAUUUUUGUAAAAACCACGACAAUAUGUGGAUACAUGAUCAGGCAAGCCUAAAUUAUUGGUGGGAGAAUGUUUUUCCAAGACAGUUGAGUCCUAUCAGUUAUAAAAGAAAAAAAAAGACUAUUCCAUAGAAUCUGAUCCUUCAGAAAAUUUAAUAAUUUCAAACAUGCAUUAGGAAAUGAAUGCAGACCCAUUCACAACCUGAAAUGUAAAAACCAGAUUGUAACAAAAAAUGAAUUCAAUGUACAGACAAUUUACUCUGCUCUUAAAUCUUUCAGGAAAACUAUUAUAUGGCUUCAAUUAACCACCAAGAUGCAUAUCUCCACAUUCUAAUCACAGCAACAGUUUUCUGAGAUUCUGCUUACAAAACCAAGGGAAACUAGUACAUUUCCAAUUUAGGGCUCCUGGUGGUCUUCACUGCACAACUUAGGCAACAUAGGAUUCAUGCAAUAUAGUAUGUUGACGAAUGGCUAUUGAAAGCCAAAACAAAACAGAAAAUACUGCAGGACAUACACAGUUGGGACAAUACAUUGGAACAAAUCAGAAUCAUAUCUAACAAGCAACAUUGCAUUUCUAGGGCUUAUCACAAAUUGAAUCAGCAUGGUUUUUCAAGAUUUUUCUUCCAAUGGAAAAACCAGGAAAAAAAAACAUUUUUAAAGAACUACUUUAGUUUUUUUACAAAAAAGACACGGACAGUGAGGUAUCUGGGUAACCUAACCAUUUCUCUUCUUCUAACUGUCAAAUGGGCAAACUUGCAGGUUAGAAUCCUGCAACAAAACAUUCUUUCAAAAUGGAACCAUGUCCAUCUCUCUUUUUAAUCUGACCAUUACUUUAAUUGGUAGAAAAUGUUUUAAAAUCAUGUACUGCAGAGAUGGUGAUGUCGCUGUGCAAUUAUGACUUUAAGACCUCGAAAAAGACUAUCGCUAACAUGGUGGUUGAAGACUGCCUUCCUGAGACAUGGCCUUUCUUUCAGAGAGAAAUUGGAUGGCUCUCAUCAGUCUGGAAAAUUAUUUACAAGGCAGAUUAUAUCCAGAUAUGUUCAUACAAUAUGACUGUAAAAGCCUGUUUAAACAAACAAGAAGGUACAGUGUCAUCAGCUCUAUCCCGUCUAUGUAUAACGAUCAUGGAAUGGACAGAAAGUCACCUCUCUGCAAUUUUGGCAGUUCAUGUAAGAGAUUCUACAACUAUCUUAGCAGACUUCCUUAACAGGUACCAUUUGAAAAUAAUGGAUUGAUCUCGUUGCCCCACACCUUCAGUCAAAUAACAAAGAGAUUUGGGACUCCGACAUCCUGACACCUGUAGAGAACAGAAAGUUUUGAGUAUUUGCUUCGAUCAAAAAAGUAAAUCUCUCCGAAUUUCUAGAUAACCUUUCAAUCCAGUGAAAUUUAAGUGCACAAUCUUUUCCACUCUGUGUCUAAAUACUCUAGUGUUAUUGAGAAUAAAAAGGUAGACUACUCCAAUCAUUGCAGUUAUUCUUUUCUGGCCUCACAGAGUCUGGUUCUCAGAUCUCAUGGGAAUAUCAAAAUAAAUCUACUGGGUUCAAGAAAGGUCUCAAACCCACAUCCCCAAAAGUUUAAAUUUCAGCAAUCAGCUUUUAUUAAUUCCAGAAUAUUUCAGCAGAUCCUCUUGUUCUUAGAUCUGUCAAGUCAAUUUCCAAUAUUAUGAUCUGAAUGUAGUACUUACUCUGUUGCGUGAUCCUUCUUUUGAACCAGUCCUGUCACUUGAGGUCACUGUAACGAACCCUGAAGUGGUAGCUAGUGGUUCGUAUGAUUUGAGCCGAACGGCCGAGAGUCAGAGUGAGUAUAUAGCUCACCGUUAGUGAUGGUGAACGCGAACUUCCGCAAAUGUUCGCGAACCAGCGAACCGCCAUAGACUUCAAUGGGCAGGCGAAUUUUAAAACACACAGGGACUCUUUCUGGCCACAAUAGUGAUGGAAAUGUUGUUUCAAGGGGACUAACACCUGGACUGUGGCAUGCCAGAGGGGGAUCCAUGGCAAAACUCCCAUGGAAAAUUGAUGCAGAGUCUGGUCUUAAUCCAUAAAGGGCAUAAAUCACCUAACAUUCCUAAAUCACAAUGGAUAUGGAUUGACACCUGACAUAUGACAUAUUGAAACCUUGACAUAUGGAUUGACACCUGUCCUCAGAGACCCUGAUACACACUGACACAGAGCAGAAUAGAGACUGUUCCUCCUACAUAGGGUCACUUGGCAGAUAUGGAUUGACACCUGUCCUCAGAGACCAUGAUACACACUGACACAGAGCAGAAUAGAGACUGUUCCUCCUACAUAGGGUCACUUGGCAGAUAUGGAUUGACACCUGUCCUCAGAGCCCCUAAUACACACUGACACAGAGCAGAAUAGAGACUGUUCCUCCUACAUAGGGUCACUUGGCAGAUAUGGAUUGACACCUGUCCUCAGAGACCAUGAUACACACUGACACAGAGCAGAAUAGAGACUGUUCCUCCUCCAUAGGGUCACUUGGCAGAUAUGGAUUGACACCUGUCCUCAGAGACCAUGAUACACACUGACACAGAGCAGAAUAGAGACUGUUCCCCCUACAUAGGGUCACUUGGCAGAUAUGGAUUGACACCUGUCCUCAGAGACCAUGAUACACACUGACACAGAGCAGAAUAGAGACUGUUCCCCCUACAUAGGGUCACUUGGCAGAUAUGGAUUGACACCUGUCCUAGGGAUCCCUGAUACACACUGACACAGAGCAGAAUAGGGACUGUUCCUCCUACAUAGGGUCACUUGGCAGAUAUGGAUUGACACCUGUCCUCAGAGCCCUGAUACACACUGACACAGAUCAGAAUAGGGAAUGUUACCCCAACAUAGGGUCACUUGGCAGAUAUGGAUUGACACCUGUCCUCAGAGCCCCUGAUACACACUGACACAGAGCAGAAUAGAGACUGUUCUCCUACAUAGGGUCACUUGGCAGAUAUGGAUUCACACCUGUCUUCAGAGAUCAUGAUACACACUGACAGAGAGCAGAAUAGAGACUGUUCCCCCUACAUAGGAUCACUUGGCAGAUAUGGAUUGACACCCGUCCUCAGAGCCCCUGAUACACACUGACACAGAGCAGAAUAGGGACUGUUCCCCCUACAUAGGGUCACUUGGCAGAUAUGGAUUGACACCUGUCCUCAGAGCCCCUGAUACACACUGACACAGAGCAGAAUAGAGACUGUUCCUCCCACAUAGGGUCACUUGGCAGAUAUGGAUUGACACCUGUCCUCAGAGACCAUGAUACACACCGACACAGAGCAGAAUAGAGACUGUUUCCCCUACAUAGGGUCACUUGGCAGAUAUGGAUUGACACCUGUCCUCAGAGCCCCUGAUACACACUGACACAGAGCAGAAUAGAGACUGUUCCUCCUACAUAGGGUCACUUGGCAGAUAUGGAUUGACACCUGUCCUCAGAGCCCCUGAUACACACCGACACAGAGCAGAAUAUAGACUGUUCCCCCUACAUAGGGUCACUUGGCAGAUAUGGAUUGACACUGUCCACAAGGACAAGUUGCCCAUACAAGGUGGUAGAGCAGGUUUGUGAUACCACCUUUGUGAUCGGUGCGGUCACAGGCACGGGAGGCAAGCGCAUGCUCCAUGUGAACAUGCUCAAGCCAUACCACGAGUGCACGGAAGAGGUAACCGCGAUCUGUGCACCUGCCACUGAAGAUUAUGAUAAUUUGCCACUCCCAGAUCUCCUAGACCUAGAGGGCCAGAGCGGCGACCUGGGAGAAGUACAGUUAGGAGAACGGUUAGACCCCCAGGAGCGAACCCAGGUCCAAAGACUAAUCCAGGACAAAGGGGCCACGUUUUCCAACCUACCUGGGUACAGUCCAUUAACCACUCACAAAGUUGAAACCCUAGACCAGACCCCACUUCGCCAAACCGCCUAUCGCAUACCCAAAGCAGUUAAAGAAAAUAUGCGGAAAGAAAUUGAGGAAAUGAUGCAGUUAGGGGUGAUAGAACACUCUGACAGCUCCUGGACCUCCCCGGUAGUACUAGUACCGAAAUGGGACGGCACGACCCGUUUCUGUGUAGACUAACGGAGUCUAAAUGAUAAAACAACCUCAGACGCCUACCCUAUGCCCCAGAUAGACAAGCUCCUAGACAAAAUGGCCAGAGGCCAGUACCUCACCACAAUAGAUCUGUGCAAGGGGUACUGGCAAAUUCCAUUAGCCGAGGACGCCAUCCACAAGUCGGCAUUUGUCACCUCGUUUGGCCUGUAUCAGUUUAAGGUCAUGCCAUUAGGGAUGAAGAAUGCCCCUGCUAACUUUCAGAGGAUGGUAGAUCGGCUACUGGAUGGGUUUCAGGAGUAUGCCUGCGCCUACUUGGAUGAUAUAGCCAUUUUUAGCUGCUCCUGGCCCUAACACCUGACCCACAUAGGAGCCGUACUAGACCGGAUUAGGGAGGCCGGACUGACCCUAAAGCCCAGUAAGUGCCAUAUAGGAACGUGUAAAAACCACCCCAAGAUAGUAGUAUGGGCCCCAGAGUGUGAACAGGCCUUCCAACAGCUCAAGACGGCGCUCAUUAAAUCACCUGUAAUUUCUGCUCCUGAUCCAACUACACGCUUUCUCGUCCAUACAGAUGCUUCUAUGUUUGGAUUGGGAGCAGUAAUGAGCCAAGUCGGAGCAGAUGGCGGCGAGCAACCCGGGGCUUAUCUAAGCCAGAAACUUUUGCCCAGGGAAGUAGAUACACUGCCAUUGAAAAGGAGUGCCUGGCGGUGGUGUGGGCCCUCAAAAAGCUGCAACCUUACUUGUAUGGACAACCGUUUACCUUACUCGCAGAUCACAACAAAUUUGGGGCACUGCGCGUGCAAUCUAAUGUGCCACCAGAUAGGAUUGGUGUGUUAAGUAGUACUAUUCUUAUCAGUUUAAUCCCUGUUACGUCCCCUAUCCGUUGAUGUGGAGCAAGACGCAGCAGCAGAAGAGGACUCAGCCGAGGAGAUUAUGGAAGAGGCUUCUCGCGGUCACUGCCCGCCUUUCCAGUGAAGCUGUCGGAUGAGCCGCGCGCGGCUCGUGCAGCAGCAGGACCGCGCGCGGCUCGAAGAGAGGACCGCAGCCGGCCCCUGGAUAAGAUGAGUAACGCUACACACACCCGCUUGAAGACAACUAACUGCUAUUCAAUCUAUAACAGUGAAAAAAGUUUUUUGUUUUUAAAUGCAAGCUAUUGUGACACCAGAUAUGAGUGGCACUGUGAAUUGGCAGAGUACACGUUGUAGGCCUGACACACAGACGCUUGGAGACAACUAACUGCUAUUCAAUCUAUAACAGUGAAAAAAGUUUUUUGGUUUUUAAAUGCACGCUAUUGUGACACCAGUGAGUGAGUGGUGGCACUGGGCACAGUAUCCACUGUGAGCCUGACACACCCGCUUUGAGACAACUAACUAUUAUUCAAUCUAUAACAGUGAAAAAAGUUUUUUGUUUUUAAAUGCAAGCCAUUAUGACACCAGUGAGUGGUGGCACUGGUCACCGUAUCCACUGUUAGCGUAACACACCCGCUUUAAGGACACUGACUGCUAUUCAAUCUAUAACAGUGAAAAAAGUUUUUUGUUUUUAAAUGCAAGCUAUUAUGACACCAGAUAUAAGUGGCACUUUGAACUGGCAGAGUACAUGCUGUAGGGCUGACACACCCGCUUUGAGACAAUAACUGCUAUUCAAUCUAUAACAGUGAAAAAAGUUUUUUGUUUUUAAAUGCAAGCUAUUAUGACACCAGAUAUGAGUGGCACUGUGAACUGGCAGAGUACACGCUGUAGGGCUGACACACCCGCUUUGAGACAACUAACUGCUAUUCAAUCUAUAACAGUGAAAAAAGUUUUUUGGUUUUUAAAUGCACGUUAUUGUGACACCAGUGAGUGAGUGGUGGCACGGGGCACAGUAUCCAUUGUGAGCCUGACACACCCGCUCUGAGACAACUAACUGCUAUUCAAUCUAUAACAGUGAAAAAAGUGUUUUGGUUUUAAAUGCAAGCUAUUGUGACACCAGAUAUGAGUGGCACUGUACACUGGCAGAGUACACGUUGUAGGCCUGACACACCCGCUUGAAGACAACUAACUGCUAUUCAAUCUAUAACAGUGAAAAAAGUUUUUUGGUUUUUAAAUGCACGCUAUUGUGACAUAAGUGAGUGAGUGGUGGCACUGGGCACAGUAUCCACUGUGAGCCUGACACACCUGCUUUGAGACAACUAACUGCUAUUCAAUCUAUAACAGUGAAAAAAGUUUUUUGUUUUUAAAUGCAAGCUAUUGUGACACCAGUGAGUGAGUGGUGGCACUGGUCACAGUAUCCACUGUGAGCCUGACACACCCGCUGGCAGACAACUAACUGCUAUUCAAUCUAUAACAGUGAAAAAAAUUUUUGGUUUUUAAGUGCACGCUAUUGUGACACCAGUGAGUGAGUGGUGGCACUGGGCACAGUAUCCACUGUGAGCCUGACACACCCGCUGGCAGACAACUAACUGCUAUUCGAUCUAUAACAGUGAAAAAAGUUUUUUGUUUUUAAAUGCAACCUAUUAUGACACCAGAUAUGAGUGGCACUGUAAACUGGCAGAGUACACGCUGUAAGGCUGACACACCCGCAUUGAGACAACUAACUGCUAUUCAAUCUAUAACAGUGAAAAAAGUUUUUGGGUUUUUAAAUGCACGCUGUUGUGUCACCAGUGAGUGAGUGGUGGCACUGGGCACAGUAUCCACUGUGAGCCUGACACAGACGCUGGCAGACAACUAACUGCUAUUCAAUCUAUAACAGUGAAAAAAGUUUUUUGGUUUUAAAUGCAAGCUAUUGUGACACCAGUGAGUGAGUGGUGGCACUGGGCACAGUAUCCACUGUGAGCCUGACACAGACGCUGGCAGACAACUAACUACUAUUCAAUCUAUAACAGUGAAAAAAGUUGUUUGUUUUUAAAUGCAAGCUAUUGUGACACCAGUGAGUGAGUGGUGGCACUGGGCACAGUAUCCACUGUGAGCCUGACACACAGAUGCUUGCAGACAACUAACUGCUAUUCAAUCUAUAACAGUGAAAAAAGUUUUUUGUUUUUAAAUGCAAGCUAUUGUGACACCAGUGAGUGAGUGGUGGCACUGGGCACAGUAUCCACUGUGAGCCUGACACAGAAGCUGGCAGGCAGGCAACUGCAAUUACAUUACACAGAAAGAAAAAAAAAGCAGACUGAUGUUCUAGCCCUAAAAAGGGCUUUUUGGGGUGCUGUCCUUACAGCAGAGAUCAGAUGAGUCCUUCAGGACUGUAGUGGACACUGUAUACCCUAACCUAGCUAUGCAUUUCCCUAUCUAAUCAACAGCAGCUACACUUUCCCUCCUCUCACUAAGCAUGCAGCUUGAGAAUGAAUGUAAAAUGGAUGCCUUCCAGUAGGUGGGAGGGUCUGCUAGGGAGGGUGUGCUGCUAAUUGGCUGAAAUGUGUCUGCUGACUGUGAGGUACAGGGUCAAAGUUUACUCAAUGAUGACGAAUAGGGGGCGGAUCGAACCGCACAUAUGUUCGCCCGCCAUGGCAAACGCGAACAUGCUAUGUUCGCCGGGAAUUAUUCGCCAGUUAAAUCCUAAAUACACAAAAUCCUCUAGUGCAGUUCUCCCAAAUAUCAAUCAGGUACCCAAACACCAGCUGAAACAAGAUGAAGGGUGUAACAAGAAUGGUGUUUAUUGAGACCACACAGGCUUUUAUGAAGGUCCCCCUGCAAGAGGACCUCCCACAGUACCCAAGCAAAAUAACCAAUCACAUUGUACAGUUACAAUAAAACACUCCCUCUCUCUGCCUGAGAGAUAAUGAGAUAAGCUAAGGGAUAACCCAAUUAUCUCCAGGCAUAGGGAACACAUUUUCCCCAAAACACAGAACACCCCUUUAACUCUAAGGUAUCCCCAAAAAUGACAUAUCCCCUGAUAGCCCCGAUCUGGGAGACCAACAUAUUAAAAUUUCACCCAGAUCGGUUCAGGGGUUUUUAAAGUGUGGAAGUCUCAGUUCACCGACCGCACACAAGGCUCCUGCCCAUACUAGUUCCACAAAUUCAGUGUGUGCGGUCGGUCAAUUUCGAAAAUGUCAAAUAAACGAAAUAAUCCACGAACGGAGCCUCCUGGCUCAUAGGAGUGAUUGUUCCCCUUGUUCGUGGGAACCAAACUACUGAACGGCGCUCUCCUAGCUGUUCGGCAACAAAAGGAAGCAGGCUUUCGUAUACUUUCAAUGGUGUUUGGGAAGUCGAGUGUCAGAUUUUAGUUCCAGAAACUCGAUGACCAAGUCCCGCUGCCUCCUUUCGUGAAAACAAGAUGGCCACCGUUUUCUCUGCCACGUGGCGGUCGGCUAUACGAACAGUGCCCCCCCCCCCCCCCCCCGAGAGAGCGCUCAAUUGACAGUUCCCCUUUGAAGUUAAUGAGCCAGGAGGGAGGGAGGUGUUCAGUGGUUUUAAUCUACCCAACCAAUAAUGCUUCAAAUAGACGAACGAAGGGAAAAUAAAUGAAUAACCAGAGAAAACCUUGAAAUCCCUGCUGGUUUUCUCACAAUCUCCUCAGUCAAAAAACUCGGAGAAAUAUAAUCUCUCUAUAGCAAUGGCUUAGAGAAAUGUAAGCGCUUUCUAAAAAUGCAAGAACAGAGAGCAUUUCUUGUAAUGAGUAAAAAUGUUCAUUGUCCAUGUUCCAGUUUUUGUAUAAAACUUUUAUCAGGACCCAAAAAAAGUUUUAUACAAAAACUAAACAUUUGAAUGCUGGAUUUAGAACUGGGCACUUUGUCUUUUACAGUCCUUGAGUGCAAGUUAUUUGGAUACUUUUAUAUAUUAUAUAUAUAUAUAUAUAUAUAUAUAUAUAUAUAUAUAUAUAUUGACACCGGUCAUAUAGUUUUUGUCACUUUGUUUAGCAUGUAUUCAAUUAUUGGUCUGAUCAUGCAAUGGAUGUGCUUUACAGAAGAUGCUUGCGGUGGGCAAGGGCCAGUAAAUUGAGAACACUGCAUCACUAUUAUUCUAUAAUUUUCUUAUAUACGCAUGGAAAUAGCUUAACUAUUUUAAAUAAAGAAAAAUCAUUAUAGACGAGUUUCUGAAAAGAACAUUUAUUAUUCUUUCAUGCUAUUAGAUAUAAGAAUAUAGGAUUAUUCUCUUUUGCAUUAGCGGCCUUAAUUCCAUUGUGAGUUAAUGUCCCCCCACCCGCCUCCCACACUUUUCACGAAUGACAUUCGCAGCAUAAUGCCUGGUUUGAGUUCCAAUCUUGAACAUCUUCCAGGAGACAGCGAUUAUUUCAUUAGAAUAAUGGGUUAGAUUCAUUUCAUUUUCUUGCAGUGGAACUUACAAGAGUCACCACUUUAAAUCUCUCAGAAUGUUAGAAUGUAGAGGCUUUUUUUUUUCUUCUUCUUCUCUUUAUGGAUCCUUGACAAUGGCCCGAAGCAGGAAGCCAACAAGAUGUAACUAAACUGAAUGGUGGUCACACAUAACAAAUGUUCUCCCUAUAUGACUCAUUAUUUUUACAGAUAUAAACACUCAAAGCACAAUAACCACUAUAGCUUACAUGGUACUUUGUUGGCUCUGAUCUAUGCUGUCCACUAUCCACCUGUGUAGAAGCAAGAAACACAAAAAAACGCUCCGCAAAAUAUUAAAAGUUAAACUUCUUUAUUUGAUCUCAAAAUCUUCACAUUUCCAAAACUCUGUAGCACUGGUUUAUAAGCACCUCAGGCAUGUCUACAGGCUCCAUACUGUUACUUAUUUUGUCAAGACUGAAUGAGCAGCACACAGCAUGUUUGGCAUACAAAGCAAAGGGGCUGCACUCAUGUUUUUUCCUGGAUACCACCUGAGGACUUGAUAAAGGCCAAUGUAGGCCAAAACGUUGUCACCCUCUACUUGCUGUUUCCAUUAGAAGUCUGUACUUUAAAGGAACUAUCAUUCAGCAUGGUUUAACAUAGGGCAAAUAUCACUCACCUUACUCAUUUAACAACAAUUGACGGCAGGGUCCAUGUGUGCCCUAGAUAUUGUACCUCUGCCAUUCCUCCAUGAUGGAUGGAUGGUAGGUUGGUAGGCCUGAAGCCUUGACUCUAAAACAUACCUCUUCCAAGUGAUCUUUAGCAGGUAUGAUUGAACCAAUCCCAUCUGGACAUGUCCUAGACUACAGGAGAUCUAGAUACCUGCACACACAGUGACCAUAAAGAAAACAAAACACCACUCUGUACCAAAAUAUGAGUUGGGGCAGCAUUCACUCCCAGUCAGAUUCUGUGUAUAUCUAUGCUCACAGGUUUUAUCACACCGUAACGUGUUCAUAGACACCAUGCAUGGAAGGAUAAUAUGAUGUGGGCAGUGUGUGUAUUUGCUAUAAAGUUGCCAUAUAUGUUGAGGCACUGGAGCAGGUCUCUGAAGUGAUUAAUGCCUUUAUACUUACUGGUAAAACAUUAACACAGUUCUGUCAAACUUACUAAAAGAGAGCCGUCAGAGCUCUGGUGUUGGAGUCAGAGUCAGCAAUGAUAAUAAUACCUGUUGCCCGAUGUGGAACCAGUGGGAGGCAGGUGUCCAAGGGGACUGACCCGAAAAUAGCUCUAGUGAUUAAAGCUUACCUCUAAACACACAUGCACACCUGCAUAGACACAGAUACAUAGACACAGACACCUGCAUAGACACACAAGCAAACAUUUACACACAAUGAAUAAGCACACACAUUAACGUGUAAAUCUGCAUGAAUACACAUUUAACACGUUCCUGAAUUAUUAAGUUUGGGCCACUGGAAGGGAACAUUGGUUCUGAGUUCUGGGGGGGCUGACUGCUACAAGUGUGGAGCAUUUUGGCGACUGAACAGGGAUCAAUAUCAGGCUCAACAAAUUACCACAUCUAUGUGAACGAUAGAUACUCUCAGCCACGUUGUGGGAGAUAACAUCAUUUAGAUGGCAGAGAUCACCAUAUGUAUGCUGAAUUCUCACCAUGCUGCUUUCAUUCGUGGUGGACUUCACCCACACUGAUGACAAGCAGCAGGGAUGAGGUGGCUGCAUUGAGGAGCAAGCACCCAAUACGAGUUACAGUGCUGUCUGUAACGGAUCACCUGGCACCCCGACUGGGAACCUCCGUUGAAGGAUGCUUCUAGUGCUUCCUGAGGGCUCCAAGCACUCCAGCCGACACCAUAAGCACUGUAGACUCCUCCAGAGAGCAAGACAGGAACAAGCUCUUACAAGAGCUUAGUAGUGAUAUAGCAAGGGAGUAUGACUAGCAUAGCAAUCCCUUGUAGCAGAUUCCCCCAGUAACGAGACGACACUUCGUUUUGAGGGUCAAGCAGAACUGACUGUACUGGCACAUACAGCCUCUUUUAUUCACAAUCCACAAACAUAGCACCGUCCACAGGGUUUUGAAACACAGCCAAUCAAUCUGUACAAUACACACAGACACUCCCACACAAAAUCCUCCCCUCUGCCUGAAUAUAUGAUAACUGAACACAAUGGUUAAUCUAAUUAUCACAGGCAGAGAAAUACAGCACCAUAAAACAUAUCAGAGGGACCCCAAAACAUGCAACAACACCACAAAUAUGUAUAUCCUCGGAACCGGGUGAUCUGGGUGAACCACAUAUCCAAAAUUCACCCAGAUCCAUUCAGUACUUUGGAAGAUACAGUUUAAUGCAGAUUCCACAGAACAUAUGCAGGCUAUAUGAAAAACAAUUACUGCACAAUGUGUCCCAUGUUGUAUAGUCCAAAACCACUGCACGAUGUCUCUGCGCACCAAAUAACGGCGAGAUGGCACCGUGUUGAAAAGUCCAAACAGUGUCUGUGAGUUAAAAUGGCUGCCAUCCAUUGUUCUCACCAUGUGCUUAAUCCAUUGUUCUCACCAUGUGCUUAAUCCAUUGUUCUCACCAUGUGCCUCUGAUACAGGAAAUGGUGGCCACCCAUUAACUCCACAGUAUGUCCCCAGAUGGUUCUUAAAGGGCCAGCAGCAGCACAACACAAAUCCAUUAUGCCAAAAUCAUGUCUUUAAAGGGCAAUACAUCCCAGGGGCCAUAGUCACAUGGCAGGAGGCUGGCAAUCAGUCUUCUCCAAUGCCCAGUGGCGAGGUCGGUUUCGCCACACUGUCUUUGCCACUGAGGAACUUACAUAUUUUCUGCUCUUUUGCAACCAAAGAGGGAAAAGAUCUCCCUGGAUUGUCAUUGAGAGACGUUUUUUUACCCUAUGUUUCCAAUGGCCAGACCUGCUAACAAGUGACCUAACAAGUGACCUCAGCAGGUUCAGCUUAGUAACAAUAUUCACAAACCCUUACUUUAUGGUGACUUUAUAAACAAACCCAGUACAUGCAUUAAAAAGAAGCCUGUAGAGAAAUUCUUUUGAGGGGAAGGAUGGAUUGAACAUAUUAUGAAGCAUACGGUUCUACUGCUUUUAACCCCUUAAGGAUACAUGAUAUGUGGGACAUGUCAUGAUUCCCUUUCAUUCCAGAAGUUUGUUCCUUAAGGGGUUAAAGGCCAUUCCUCGAUGCUCAGAUUCCUUUUUACACUUUAUUAAUCUUUAUAACACACCGCCAUAGUCUGUAGUAUUGUGCUAUUAUUGAACAAUACUACAGACUAUAUACAAUUAAUCACAAAUCUAAUAUACAGAAACAUGACUUGAUGGCGACCUUGCUCAAAAGAGCUUACAAUCUAAAGGAACUCUGGUAACAUUAUUACACGAACGCUAUUCAAAGUAAAAAUUGAUUGCUGGGUCUAUUAACAAUAUAAGACUGUAAGCAUUAAAUUUGGGAGGAGGAGCUGGAUUAAGAAGCCAGACUCCAAUUUGUUUGGCAGACACUUAUAUGUUUAGUUUUUUUUUUUUGUAAUAAGCUGUACCAUUUUGCUUUUAUUCUUGGUUGAAAGAUCUGCUGAAUUGGAUCGAGAGUAAUUUUAACAAGAUACACUGAAGAAAAAACACUUCCAAAUUACACACAAAUGCUGGGGGAUGCAUGCAAUGACAUGGUUACCAUGGUAACUGAGCAGGGCUAGUGAUAGACCCAGGGGAGGGAAGUGUGAGGUAAGAAGAGAGAGAAUGUAUUUUUAGUGUCUCUGAUACUUUGUAAUUAAACAAAACUGGAAGGUUAUAUUUAGGAAGGAUGCAGUCCUAAUGUGCAGAGUAAAGGCUCUGGCAAACCUGCCAAAACAUUUUAGUAACAGAAAGGAUCUCACAUAAGGGAUUGUUUGAGUUGGCAAUGCGAUAAAAAUCUACGUGCAGUCUAUAGCUGAGCACAUAUAGGGGCUUCCUGGCUGUACUGGGGGUUUUGCCAAACUAGAGAAAUGUAUCAACCACUGCAACAGUUGUCAGAUCAAGCUGUGCCAGACUACCUUAACACAGUGCCAAGCCAUGUGAUACAUUCUUAAAGGGACACUAAAGAACCUUAACCACUACAGUUUAUUGCAGUGGUUAUUGUGCAAGGAGUUAUUGGAUGCAGCCCCUCCAUUUGUGGCAGACUAAUUAGUGUAAUAUGACUAGAAAAGAGCUGUUCUGCCACAAUGUGGCCUCGGAUGGCUUACUUGCCCAAAAGUAGACAGAUUUCUAGAAAUGAUCUUUAGCAUUAUCUUUGCAGCAGCAUAGAGCUUGGUGGGCAUCUGUGUUUGUAAAAGAAAAACCACACACAAUGCACUCCUAUACCAGAGAGUAAGCAUGAAUUUAUUGAUAAAAGCGGGGAAAUGUAUUUUGCUAGAUAUUAGUUUCCCAUAUUUAUUUCCUUUACAAAAGACGGUUGCACAGUCAAAUGUUCUAAAAUACAGCUUCUACACAUACACAGUCAGGGCCGGCCUUAGGCCUUUGGACGGCCUGUGUGAAAAACUUCACAGCGCCCACACACACACGUCCCCAGACAGCCACACCCAGACACACAGCCACACACACACACACACAGACAGACACAAACACCCAGGCAGACAGCCACACACAAACACACAUGCAGACAGCCACACACACACACAUGCGCAGACAUAGAAACAUAGAAUGUGACGGCAGAUAAGAACCGUUCGGAUCAUCUAAUCUGCCCAGACAGUCACACAUAGGCAGUCACACACACAGAGGCAGACAGCCACACACAGACAGCCACACACACAAACACACACAGACAGCCACACACAAACACACAGGCAGACAGCCACACGGAGACAGCCACACACAACCACACACGCAGACAGCCACACACAAACACAGAGGCAGACAGCCACACACAGACAGACAGCCACACACACACAGAGGCAGACAGCCACACAAACACCCAGGCAGAAAGCCACACACAAACACACAUGCAGACAGCCACACACACACACAUGCGCAGACAUAGAAACAUAGAAUGUGAUGGCAGAUAAGAACCAUUCGGCCUAUCUAGUCUGCCCAGACAGUCACACAUAGGCAGUCACACACACACAGGCAGAUAGUCACACACACAGGCAGACAGUAACACACACACACACACACACAAAAGGGCAGACAGUCACACACAUAGGCAGACAGUCAAACAUACAGACAGUCACACACACAGGCAGACAAUCACACAUAGUUACCUCUGUUCCUUGUGGAGGCAGACAGACAGUGCAGCUCCUGGAUUCUGGUUUUUGGGGGAAGCAAGGACUCCUUCCUGCUUCCCCUGCAGCAGUUACACAGCACUUUUAGCUCCGCCGCCACCGCAGGUAAGCCCCGCCGCAAAUUUUUUCUUUUUCUUUUAUCCUGGCCGGCCAUGUGUGAGCUGUGUCGGCCGCACGGCGCCCCCUGCUUCAUGGCGCCCUGUGCGACUGCACACCUCGCACACCCCAAAGGCCGGCCCUGUACUUAGUCAUUUUAAAGUAUCAUGGGUGUUGUAGUUGUACAACAUCUGGGAUCUACUUUUUGGACACCCCUGCUAUGGAAUCUCCAUCAUUAUUAGCAUUGUAUAGGAAGAGUCAGGUGUAAAUUAAGGGCACUAAUCAAUGUGUUUCAAGGCCCAGAUCACCUACAUGCAGUCUGGGGGCAUUAAAGGAGCCCUAUAAGGUCAGGAGCACAAACAUGUAUUCCUGACCCUAUAGGGAAAACCACCAUCUAGCCCUCCUGGUCCCCUCAUGCCUCCCUAAAUAUAGUAAAUGCUUACUUUGUCCCUGUUUUCUUUAGACCUGCCCACUGCCUGCUGACAUCAGCAGAAGUGGUAACCUGAUAGGAUAGGAUUGGCUGAGACUGACAAAGAGGCAGAUCAGGGGCAGAGCCAGCACAAUUCAAACACAGCCCUGGCCAAUCAGCAUCUCCUCAUAGAGAUGAAUUGAAUCAGUGUCUGCAUGCAGAGGGAGGAGAUACUGAAUGUUUGGAUGCAUUUUAGGCAGCCAUGACCCAGGAAGGAUCUCUAACAGCCAUCUGAGGAGUGGCCAGUGAAGGCUGUAAUGUAAACACUGCAUUUUAUCUGAAAAGACAGUGUUUACAGCAAAAAGCCUGAGGGUAAUGAUUCUACUCACCGAACAAAUUCAAUAAGCUGUAGUUGUUCUGGUGUCUAUAGUGUCCCUUUAAUCAUCGGCAGAACUAGGAUAUACAUGUCCCAAUAGGCCUGAGAUAAUUGUGGCACUGGCCAAAUAAGCUGUCACCCACUAAUUUUAGACAUCACUGGGACAUGACCCCAUGCUGCCUGUACAGUAAAGUCGUUUCAUUAAUCCUUCACUACCCCAACAUGCUGCUGUACAAAGAGCUACAGCAUGGAUAGACAAUAACUCUUACACUGCAUUAUAAAGCACUCACCCUUGGUCUUGCGGUUUAUUAUGAUGUCUCCAGGACUCUUCAAUGCCAUUAUGUAUCAUAUCCUCAAUGCAAUUGUGUGUAUGUAUCACAUGUAUGUAUUUAACAAGAGUACAUUGUAAUUUUUUGUGUAUUAUAGGGUCUUGAUAUGCAUCUCUACAGGGUUACUCUAGCCUCUAUGACCCCUUGCUUUUAGACGUGGCCGUAGAGUAAGGAACUUAUAUGUGUCGAAGGGUUUUUAUAGUUUUGCGUUGCCUAAUGGCAGUUCUGUGCAAAACAUACGUCUGUCAUCAACUGGUAACAGAUGUAUUUAGCUUCUACCCUUGCAGACAGUCCUGGGAAACUCAAUAAUAAUCCCCUCCGAUCAUCACUCGCGUGUUCAACUCCUUCUCCCUCCUCACAGUGGCGCACACACACACACGGUCUAAAUGGUAAAAACGGUCCAAUUAUAUGCAUCUUCAUGAGAAGCAUAUGAUUUUGGCCACAGAGUGUUAAUGCAUGUGUCAAGAUGUGGCGUGGAGUCAAGGGAUCCGAUGCUGGAUUCAAGAUAAGUUUAAUGAUGGUUAAAAAAAAUAAAAUCAUAAAAAGAGGGUAGAUAUAGUUUAUAAUGCCCAAUAGGUCAUUACAAACUGUAAAAGCUAUAAUGUGAAAUAAGUAACCCUUUAACUUCAGGGAGCACGGGCUGUUGAUAUGAUGGGCUGCGUUUAAUAUUGAUUUACCCCUGCACUGUCAUUUAGAACAUAAACCCAGAACAGCUGAAUCAUACUUUUUGCUAUUGACUAUUCAAAAAAAAAAAAAAAAAAAACACCAAGACAAAACAGGGAUUGUACAUGCAUACAACACGCUCUUUCUUUUCGACAGUGCAAAGCCUGGAGCGCACAGCUGUGAGUCUGCAUUUAUUUCUCAAUUUGGCACCUACAGUAUCAUUGAAAUAGCAGCUGUGAAUAGUAGCAGAACAUCGUGUAAUAAAGAAGAGACAGGGAGGUGCAGAAUAUAUCAGACAGAACACCGAUUUUACCGAAGCACUGUAACAGCCCACUUCACAGAGUUAUUCAAUCCCUGGGAAUCAGAAGAGAAUCACAGAGAUUAACUCCAUGGGGUUUUAUAUAUAUAUAUAUAUAUAUAUAUAUAUAUAGUGUUGAACUAGAGAUUGUAACCGUAUAAGCCCCAUGAUGCAGAUGUAAAAUAACAGUGGAAAUUAGUAUAUUGUAAAACCUUUUAUAUUGGACCGCAAAAUUCCAAAAAUCUGUUAGUUCAAUUAAAAAGGUAUUGCAAAAUACAAAUGUAAUCUGUUCUGUUACAAAUAUAUAUUAGGCUUGCGAUUCAUCCAAAUUUUGGGCAACCGGCAGUUUGCCUGAAAUCCCGGAUUCCGAAGCAUUAAACAUAGAAACAUAGAAUGUGACGGCAGAUAAGAACCAUUCGGCCCACCUAGCCUGCCCAAUUUUCUAAAUACUUUGAAUUAGUCCCUGGCCUUAUCUUAAGUCUAGGAUAGCCUUAUGCCUAUCCCACUCAUGCUUAAACUCCCUCACUAUGUUAACCUCUACCACUUCAGCUGGAAGGCUAUUCCAUGCAUCCACUACCCUCUCGGUAAAGUAAUAUAUUAUAGUAAUAUAUAAUAAGGAAGGUUACGAAAAAAACUUUUUGGUUGUUUUGUGAUUGCAGUUCGGUUCGUGGUGCCGAAAAACCCUAUAACAAUUGAGCAAUUUUCACGCCAUUUUGGUUUUUGAGAAUAGUUUUUCCCAAAACAUUUGCAUGGAGGAAAAUCGUCCAAACCAAAACACUACAUCCAGAAUUGGCCAAAUUGCGCAAAACUAUUUUAAUUUUUUUUUUUUUUUAAUUUAGGACCUUCUGUCCUAAAGAGUGACACUUAUGAGGUAUGCAUAUAAUUUACUUAAUAUUUUAUUGAGACAUAAAUGAAAAAUACAUGGAGUCAGUACUGUAAGCCAUAAUCAUCGCACUUCUGACAAAUCACGGCUUGAACUAUCUUGCUUUACAUGUAAUGCAUCUAUCUCAUAUAUUAGUUUCCCCUUUUACGUUGCAUUACUGAAAUAAAUUAACUUCUGCACGAUAUUCUAAUUUUACGAGUAUCACCUGUACAUAUAUAUAUAUAUAGUAGUAAAAUACUUGCACACAGGCUAUAAUGUAGUAUACUUGCCGGGUGCUCAGCCUGGGACUUUAGUUAUCCAAAUAGCAGAAGGAAUGGCAGCACUCAUGGUCUUCAAGACUAAAAUAUGAGAUCAAGGGAUCAACGUUUCAGUCCUUAUUCAGGAGUUUCAUCAGGAUCAAUUUAAUAUAUAUAUGCAAAAACCAAAAAGGUUAUGGUGGGGAACAAAUUGUGAUUGAAACCCCUUCCACCUGAAGUCUGUGGAUAGUCAAUGCAAUGUUAAACAAAAAUCUGCACACCAGUCAAGCCAUAAGACUUGCUUUUCCCACAUGGAAUGAGGCAAAAAUUUGAUUCUUUGUUAAACUAAUUUGCAAAUGCCCACCCAGAAUGUGGGAAAAGCAAGUCUUAUGGCUUGACUGGUGUGCAGAUUUUUAACAUUGUAUUAACUAUCCACUAUAUAUAUAUACGAGAGACACAUGAUAGUGUACAAGAUGUGCAGAGACAAUAGCACCAUGUGAUAACAUGUUAUAUGAUACGUUCAAGGAACACUAUAGUGUCAGAAAUACAAAUGUGUAUUCCUGACAUUAUAGCCGUAAAAACAUAGUUUAGUCCGCCACCCCCUUGAUUUUACUCCCCUUAUUUCUAGCGCCUCGUGGGUCUCGUCAUAGCUGGCACCUUCCCAUUCUGUCUUCUUGGCUGAGAUCAUCUGAAUUGACGAUCUCAGCUAAUCUAAUGCUUUCCUGUAGGAAAACAAUGGGAAGCUAUUGUGCAUGCGCAGCAAAACGCUGCCCUACACCAGUCAGAAUCUCCUCGUAGAAGUGAUAUGAAGCACACUGCAGCACUGACACAGGAAGCAUCUCCAGUGGCCACCUGAGUGACUGCCACUAGAGGUGUUUUCUCUUAAAAGGCAGUGUCUACAUUAAAAAGCCAGCAAAGACAGGCUAUAGACACAUUAAACUGUAGUUGUUCUGGUGACUAUAGUGUCCCUUUAACUAAGGAAAUGUGCAACAGGUAGAAUGGACAGUGAGGAAUUAACAAAACAAGGAAAAAUUGUGCAAGUAAGUCUAACCCUACUAACAUUUGACAGCUCCUUGACUGAAAAUCAGGUGUGCUGUGUUAAAGUGAAACAUCCCAAAUUUGUAGAGUCCUAUUCAUUUCAAACAUACUUAUUUAGUCUUGCAGGUUCUAAUUUCUAUGUAUACUGCUGAGAUACCCCACGUGCAGCCAGUGCCACAUUUUCAGCCAUAGAGCGAAAGGUGUAUAUGCACCAGGUUGCACAUGCACAGAGCACUGUUUAAAUAGAUACCCCAUGGUUAUAGCAAUGCUUGCUCUUUUUUUUUCCUAGACAGAAGAGCUGUGGCAGUCAGUAUCUUGACUUUUUUUAUAUUUUAUAAUGGGCUGCCAUGCAAUGAUUUGCUCGAUGCAGAGCCAUCGUCACUAGAAAUAAACUCCCUAGCACAUGGCAGCCUGUACUGUACAUUUGUUCUACCACAUCCUGCAUAUUUAGUUGCUUGCAGUAGCUGUAACAAAACAAAGAAUCUAUUUUAGAGGAUUAUGUUAAACCCCAGAGCAGUUACGUGACUCAUUAAAAGACUCUAUACCCAGAUAGAUACAUGUGUACUUAUUUGUAAUGUUUCAUGUUGAGCAAUUAAAGCAAAAACAUGGAAUAUUUCCCAAUAAAAUAGAGUACAGUGAUAGCGCAGUAAGCACACUUUGUAGACAAAGGGCAAAGGAGAUGAUUUGUUUCAGGAAAGUGAAUAAUUUAUUAGGAGUCAUACAUCCUGAAGUAUCGUCAUAAAGUGGAUUAUAGUGAUUCCAUAGUUAAUUAAAUGUGUGAUUUGCUAGAGUUAAAAAACACACAACAAAAACUAACAAGCAAUGUUUAAAAGAAGUGAUGCAUAUAUGUAUGUGAAGCUCACAAGAGUUAAUGCUUAAUGGGAUGGUAAUAGAACCUGUGACAGUAACAGGGAGAGGUGAGUUAAAUAUAUGUUGGUAUUAGAGAUGAAUGUUGAUUUUUCUUCUUGAUUGCAGUAAGGUUCUUACGGGCUGAAGCAAUAAACUCAUUGCGCAGGUCUUACCCUACACGUGUGUGUGAAAUCGCCAGCAUACUUCCAGUAACAAAAACUUAAUUAUAACAAAAUAUUUAGAGCCUUCCUCUGCUGAUCUAAGAGGAUAAUAAUGUAAGGAAGAAUUUAAAAUAAUAUGAAGAGGCAUAUCUUAACAACAAUACUAGACUGAUAUAUUAUUUUUUAUAUUAACAACCUCUAAUCCAUAUAUACGGUCACAAUACCUGUCCCUCUCAGAGAUCACGGAACUGAUGUCUCUACUGUGUUCUGAUUAACACCCACUGAUCCCUCGUUUCCUGGUGCUUCAUUAUGACAUCAUAUAUGACAUGGAACCCUUCCAUUGGUCUCCUUAUAUAAUGUCAGUCUAUGUUUUAUGAUGUGUAAACUCUUGUGACAUCACAGCCCUCUGUAACCAAUCACAACACAGUAUAGGCAGGUCAUGUACACUUCUUAGUUGUCCUUGUUUCGUUGCCCUGUUUUGGUUCUUGUUACCUGAGAGUGUGUUUAUGCUUUGUAUUGGAUCUACCGUUUUGUGCCCUUGGCUUGUUUGACCAUUCCUGCUCUCUGUUAUCCUGACCUUGACUUUACUAUCGACUCUGUGUAUUUCUGUUAUCCUAGACCUUGUUUCUUGUUAACUCUCUGUCUGCUUGCAUCCACUAACCCAGCCACUGUAAGGACCGGUACGUGCUCCCUUACUGUUUCCUUUAAGUUUGUGUGUUAGGGUAUUCCAAUUCCUGACAUAUAGUUAAUUUUAGAUGAUUAUUCAUGUGCUGUAAGGGCGCCAUAUAAUUUGGGACCCACUAAAGAUCUAUCACUCCUCCAAUGGCCUGAGUUUUCUCUGAAACCUAUCCUAAUCUAUGUUUUAGGACUCUGAGGUCUUUGUAGUAAAGUCUAGGAACCAUGUACACAGAAAUGUAUAACCUUGACUUACACCACUAUGAGACAAGGCCCGAGUGGGUUAUGUUUCCUGGAAUUAAGUGUAAGCAUUGGGCCAAUCAAAAAACAACAGAGGAUAAAGGUGGAUAGAGUGACUAUUUCCAGUAUGUUUGGGAUACGUUUGAUCUCACAUAUUCUGAUGGGCCAGUCAGUGAAUGUCUUGUUAGGUUCUCUCAGAAGGUUAGGGCAGGUAGACAUUCUCAUAGUCCUUCUCUCAGUCCCACUUGCAGACACACAAACACAAACACUUUUACGCUCACAAAGACACACUCAGACAUUUACAGUCUCAGAGACUCUCAUACAUUAACAAGCACACACCAACUGGCUUACUUUCCUUGCUGUGAUAAAGGCUCAGUUAUAGAAAGGAAUAGGCAAGGACCAAGUCCAAUGUUACUGAUCCAGGAAUUUGGCAGAUAAUAUUUCAGAGUUUUCGUUAUAUGUAAUCAGAGAAGAACAGUGCAAAAUAAAAUCUGCAAAACAGAGCCACAUAAAUGUGCACGGUAGGAAUUUAAACAUGUAAGACUACAAUAGUUUUACUGUGCUUUUGUGACUUUGACUUCUGUGACUAUGACAAAACACGUUGCAAUUUUCUAUUUAUUUUUUUACUUAUUAUUAUUAUUUUUUUUUUUUUACAAACACUUGCACAAAUACUUCAUGCAAGAAUAAAAUAUUACUCCACUGGGCACUGCGAUAAAUUUAGUCCCAUGGCUAUGGUCACGACUUUGUGCUUCUACAGUCAUGCUAUAAAACAGUCAUAUCCGGGCAAUGUGAAGGAGUUACCUGACCACAGACAUAUUCGAAGCCAGAAGCGUCUCUAUAGAUGGGGUGUUUUUAUAGUCAUUUGACAGAUGUUGUUUCAUACAAAGUAUGGUUCAGGUAGCUUGGGACUAAGUUAAAAAUAACUUUGGGGUUUUUACAAAUAAUUUUACAAUUAAAGUUACUUCCUCUUUUGGUUGAUGAUAGUAAAUCAAAAUUACUACUCUUACUGGCAGGAAAUGCUUAUGUUUACCCUUUUUACCACCAUUUAGAUAUUGGUCGUGGUUUACUGUUACUGUCAGAUUGGCAGGUUGAAACGGAAAUUCUGUGCAACAUAACUAUAUGCGUUCAUUGCACAGUUUAUAGCGCAGGGAGCUCUGUGUCUACUGGAACACAGAGUCUUAUGUCUGCGGUAAAUUGUAAAAAUCCGUUUGUUGUCCAAAUCCAUUUAACGAUUGCAGAGCACAAAGCAAAACUUGUUGACCCCCCCACCCCCCAUCUAACAUCCAGUAAUGCUAAGGGAAAGGAUAAUGAACUAUAACAUUGUAUCCAGUAAUGCUGAGGGAAAGGAUAAUGAACUAUAACAUUGUAUUCAGUAAUGCUGAGGGAGGGGAUAAUGAAUUAUUACAUUAUACCCAUAAUAUGGCUGUUGUCAGCUAUUCAGCAGUUCCAGCCAUCAGAUAUGAUGAGUGAAACUGUGGCUUCCACCUUCAGAUCAGAAUGAGAGGCUCCUGAUUGGUGAAGCCUCUUCCUGGUUUUGGAUUGCGUCUGCAGCUUGCCAAUACCACUUACCUUUAAAUGUAAGUAUGUUUCUUCCUUUUAAUGAUUUAUAUUUGCCUAUUUUAAAACAUUAUCUAUAUAACGCAUUAACAAAGGGGGUUACUUCCAGUGUGUAUUAAGCCUUUUAAGAUGGUACACACUAUAUAGUUGCCAUGCAUAAAAUAUGACACAAAUAUCUAUAUUCUGUGUGAAUAUUGUUUUAGGUGGCUAAAUUAAACAGUUUAAGAUAUAUAUGGCUGUUAUGUCUGCACUUUGUAUAAAUAUUGUUUAAAGUUGUUUAAGUAAUUACAUGGUAUUAAAAUAGAAAAAUAAAUCUUAAAGUGAACCUCUAAAGCCAGGGCUGGCUUCCCUCUUGCUGGCCACAUGGACGUUGCUCCCCCCAGGCUGGUUCACCCUAAGGUUCCUGUGCCACCCUGUGUUUAUUCUAUGUACAGUUGAAGAAUGGCCCUGGAGUUACAUUUAUGUGUACAUAAUCCCAGUCUAAGAACCCUAAGAAGUACUGUGUUAAUGUAUAAUUAUUAUUUUUUCUUUUUGUAUAUGAUUGAUUAACCUAUAAUGCUGGGAAAUGCUCCCCGGGACACAAAUGAAAACAAGAAUAAUUAAAAUGCUUUUAGCAUAAUUAGCUCAAUAGCACGUAGGCUAAAAUCUCUUGUUCAUAUUUCUAAAGUUCCAAGAAUCCUAUGAAAUGGUUCUGUGUUCUAUGAUUUGAGGUAGGGUCUUAUUUACCAAAUAGCAAAGAUUGAAAUGAAAACCGAAUUUUCUAAAUUCUGACAUACACUACCCUACCUCAGCUCGGAACAGGUACCAAAUUCUCUUUCAUGGCUUCCAGUGUUAGAAAGUUUAAUUCUUGCAUAUCUACUAAUCUCGGGUCAUAGUAUUCAGUCUUCUACUGUAUACCGUAUUAAUUAAUUAAUCUGUUUAUUUUACACACAGGUAACUUUGUUGUCCUGUGGUCAACCUGCAGAACAUCUGUCUUGAAGUCGGUGACCAACAGAUUCAUGAAGAACCUGGCUUGCUCUGGGAUCUGUGCCAGCUUGGUGUGUGUGCCUUUUGACAUUAUCCUCAGCGCCAGCCCGCACUGUUGUUGGUGGAUAUACACACUGCUCUUCUGUAAAACUAUCAAGUUUUUGCACAAAGUGUUCUGCUCUGUGACCGUUCUCAGCUUUGCCGCCAUUGCAUUGGAUAGGUAAGAACUCUCUUCAACAUAAAGACAUAAUGAUCACUUGGUUUUUUAGGGUAAAAUUAUAUCUUUAGCCAAUGGUAUUUUGAGUCCACUAUAAUUUCAUUUUCUUCCUAUUCUUAAUUUCUAUGUAUAAGUGGACCAUCCUUGGUUUGGGUUUGAUCCAUGGCUGAUAUUUUUGUUUUUAUUAAAAACAGCCUCUUGCUUGACCAUUUUUAUGUUCUCUUCUUUUAAAAGGACAUGUAUCACUUUGAGACAACGGUUUCAUUCAAAAGCUUUAGCUUUGAAUGAGUCAGCUGCCUCACUCUGCAGGCUGAAAAAAAGCAGGUAAAUGUGAUUUAUUUCAUGUUUACCUGCUUUUUCUUUCUUAUGCUUCCCACACCUUCUCCAGGGUUGACACGGAUCUAACCAAUCAGUGUCCUAUCCCUAGGAAUGGUGAAAAUGUGCAUGUCGGCAUCUGAAUGACAGAUUUACACAUGUACAGUUAGAAGAUCUCCUAACCUUGCAACAUUGUGACAGGGUGUGAAGAAAGGGAGUCUGAUAAAUGUAAUUCUUGGAGAGCAGGCUGCUGUGUGGGGGUUCUCUCUCCUGCUGUGGCACAAUGAGGCUCUAUUUCUGUUAUAAGUGGACUGGUGUAAAACUGAGAAGGGUGGGUAAAAGGUGGGGGGGGGGGGACUAAAUAAAUUUUCCUAGUUGAGAGGCGUGCCCAAUAAUGCAAAUUGACCAAGUUUAUAGUACGUGUAUAAAUGUGUAUUGCAUAUUUUGCUUGCUAGCUUAAAAUAUACUUGUCAAGUGAUGCAUGUCCCUUUAACUCUUUACCUAAAGUGGAGUGCAUACGGGAAUAUGACACCACUUGCCUGGGCUUAGUUUUAAUCAGUUUGGCUUCGUUGCAAAGCAUGACAUGAUCAACUCAAUAGGAGAAAAACAUAUCUCUCUGCAACACCAGAUAAAAGUGUUAUGAAAUCAAGCCAAGACUAAUAUACUAUAAAGCAAACAUCUCUUAAAUCUAAAGCAUAUAACAGAACCAUCAACAGCCGAUUAUAAACAGAUUAGCAGGAUAUCAAAUCGAAUCCAUCAAAUGCGUUACCGUAUUUCAUAGGUUAAUUUGACAAGUCAAUGAUGUUUUUACGAUUAGACUAAAGAAAAGCUACUGUAAGCUCCAAAUAUAAACAGUUUUCAAAUGUUAAUAGCUGAAACCAUCACUGUUUUGUUAUAUAAAGCUCUUUGUCUUGAAGCCGCUUUGUUGAAUAUACCAAACAAUAGGUUUUAGACAAAUGUCAGGAGUUGGUGAAUUAUCAUGAGUUUAAAGUGAAUUUCAAAUAUUAAAACCAAAUAAGCCGAAUUUACAACAUUAACUGACCUUGAGAAUUUCUCUGCUGUAUUGUGAUCCUAAAUCUGUAAUUCACAGUUUAUACGUCAGUAAAUAAUCCAGUGUUAUUCAUAAUCUGGCUAUAGUAAUGUUAAUUCAGAUGAUUAUAAUUUGCUACGGAUGAGUCUGAUUCAGUUAAUUUGUGAACAAAUCAAAAUUUCUGAAUCAAUUAGUUUGACGAUUGCCAGGAAUUGUAUCCUGACAAAUUGCUUAAAACUCAUUUUUGCUUGUCUAAUAUUUAUUAUGUUGCCCCUCACCAGUUAGAGUUUGAUGCAUGGCACGAGAUUAGAUUUUUAUGGGCAGCUAUUAAUGAACACAUUUCACAAUCAGACAGUUAUAAACAAAUAAAUACAAGUCCAGUGUCAGUAAUAACAGGUACCUGGCAUGACAAAUACAACAUGGCAAAUAUCUUAAAUGAUAGAGAAUCAAAUUUCAUCGAUAAAUUGUGCUAGCAGAAUUGCUAGCAAAACUCUAUCAAUGUUUCUGUAAAAUCAAAGAAUGCACACACCUUGACACAUGCAUACACCGGCAUAUACACCCCCCCCAGACGCACAACUUGAAACACAGAUACACACACCCUACACACACAAACACUGACACAUGCACACACUAUGACACAGACACUGACAAACACACACACAAAGAUGCACACCCUGACACACUGCAGUGCCCACGCAUACACAGAUGCACAUCCUGAAACACAGAUGCACACACACAUUGACAUGCAGAUACACCUACUUACAUAUGCACACACACAGUUACACAGACUGACACAUACACACACCUUGACACAAACACACACACACAAUCUGACACACACAUAAACGCAUAUGUUAUAAUUCUUAUAUUUGCAGCCCUCCUGUUAGUGUACCUUUUGUGUCUAGGAGGGUGGCUCACUUGGGGUCCUGCUGCUGGCUGAUGGGAAUGUGGGGUCUGGAUCAAAUCUCUCAUUGCUCCUCCAACUGCCGCCGACGCUGCCUCUGCCUGUAUGGCUGCCUCCUCUCCCUGCCGCGCAGAGCUCUCUGCAGAAAACUGGGAUGAAGUGAUCAGAUUAUCACUUCCUCGCAGCUGGCCAAUACUACAGGGGCCUGGUCACGGUCUUAAAGCGCUACAGAAUUUGCUGGCGCUAUGUAAAUAAUAAAAUAAUAAUAAAGGGGCGCGGCACCAGACCGGGCCCCUGUUCAACAAUAAAGCAGUAAUACCCAUUGGGUGGCCCUAAGUGCAUGGGCCACAUGAUGGGCCUCAUGACUGUGCGGGCCCCGGUGCAGCUGCCAGUAGUAGUUCCACCACUGCUGCAAAGGUAAGCUUGUAUGCCUCCUUCCUCUCUCCCUCCCUUCCUUAUCUGAGCCUUGCCAGCCCUCCCUGCUUUUUCUAUAUGUCUUUUUUUUAUCCACUCCUAACUUCCUCCCUCCCCUGCUCGACUCAGAGCGUUGACAAAGCGUGGUGAACAAAAUCACUAAUGUAAUAACUAAUAAACAUGUAAUAACUUAAAAAAAUUAUAUUGAAAAAUGGUUAGAUUAGCACUGUGCGAUGCAUGUAUCCAAUGGCGAGAAAGCUACUGAGUUAUUUAUGAUCCUGUAUAUUGGUACUUGUAAAUGUGACAAGUUUUUUUAUUUUGUUGCAGGUAUUACUCGGUCUUGUACCCAUUAGAAAGAAAGAUCUCGGAUGCCAAAGCCAGAGACUUGCUGAUCUACAUCUGGGCUCAUGCUGUUGUUGCCAGCAUCCCAGUGUUUGCUGUGACGAACGUGACUGACAUUUAUGCCAUGUCCACUUGCUCCCAGUCAUGGGGUUACUCUUUGGGACACCUUGUCUAUGUUCUAGUGUACAACGUCACUACGGUGCUAGUACCUGUUGCUGUUGUUUUCCUUUUUAUGCUUCUCAUCCGAAGAGCACUGAGUGCGAGUCAAAAAAAGAAAGUGAUUAUAGCAGCUCUGAGAACACCCCAAAAUACCAUAUCAAUCCCAUAUGUUUCCCAAAAAGAGGCCGAACUUCAUGCCAUGUUACUGUCCAUGGUCCUGAUCUUCAUUCUCUGCAGUGUUCCUUACGUGACCUUGGUUAUAUACCGCACUGUGCUCAACGUUUCUCAAAUCUCAGACUUUUUAAUGCUCACUGCCAUCUGGUUGCCUAAGGUUUCCUUGGUCACCAACCCCCUACUUUUCUUGACUGUGAACAAAUCUGUACGCAAGUGUGUGGUGGGCACCAUUGUACAGCUGCACCGCAGGUAUAGCAGGAGAAACGUGGUCAGUCUUGACUCGGUAGCAGAGGUGAACUUGGAGCCUAGUGUGCGCUCAGGUAGCCAGCUUCUCGAAAUGUUCCACAUUGGACAGCAGCAGAUCUUUAAGUCUGUUGAAGAGGAUGAUGAUAAUGAGAUCAAGUCUGUAGGUGCCAGAAACUACAAAGUGAAAGAGGCAUUACCCAGUACCAGCAACGCGGUGGAGGAAACUCUCGUACAGAGAUUAAUUCCGCAGAGCGCAGAAUCUGCAUCCCAAGUUGCACCCUUAAUGCCAGGUGAGGCAGAGGUGCUCAAUGACAAAUAUUCCAUGCAGUUUGGGUUUGGACCUUUUGAGUUACCCCCUCAGUGGCUUUCUGAUAAACGGAAUAGCAAGAAGCGCCUUUUGCCCCCACUGGGAAAUACCCCAGAAGAGUUAAUCCAGACAAAACAACCCAAGUGCAGAACUGAACGUAAAAUUAGCAGGAAUAAUAAAGUGUGCAUUUAUCCUAAAGUUGAUUCCUAGUCCAGCACAACUCUUUGUCUCCAAGAGAGAUCCUAUGGAUCUACACGCCAAGCUUGUUAAACGUGCCAAAACGUGUACAUAGCAGGACGAAGAUGCACAAUCAAAGUGUUCCUUAAUAACCUGGGCAAAGCUUUCAGAACUGUGAUAAAUAAACAAAACUGUUUCAUAAUUUUUUUCUGAUGCUGGGAAACUGAGACAAUUUCUAAAUAACAGAAUACUGCUGUUUUUAAAUGUUUUUUUUUUUUUCAGUUUUCAAGCUUUGUUAGCCCUGCACAAAUACGGCCAUCUCACAACAACACGUUAAUGGCUCAGGUUAAUUUAAGCUCACUUGUGAAUCUCAAAUUAUUGACACAAACUAGCACCAGUUCUGUUUUGUUUGAUACCAAUGUCUGUGCUCUUUAUAGAGAGGUCUUCUCUCUUGUUUUUAACUGUAAAUCUGCAGUACACACCAAGUAGUGCUGCCAUGAAGUGGUUGCAGAAGGCAAUGCGUUUCCGGGCCACAUUGGUUACAGUAUUUCUAAGAGAUGUUGUCCUUAAAAACAUUGGCCUUGCUCCUCUUAUUUAGAAUAAUAUGUGUAAAAAGUUAUCUUGGUACACUAAUGGGAUAGUAACACUGCAAAACGUGUUUUGUAAACUCAAAGUUUCCUGCCUAAGAUUUGAUUACACAGUGGUUCUUAACCCCCGCAUUGGGACCCAAAAAUAGAUUUUAGGGUUAAGAAAAGGCACAUCAUAUUCAUGAUAACUAGAGGAGGUCAAAUAGACCCAAAUUAUGCCCUAAUCCUUCCUUCAUUCAUUGUGUGCCUGACUGUGCCUGUAAUUAACUCAAUUCUAAAUCUUUUUAAUAUGCAUUUAAAAGAAAAUGGAGGAUUAUUUAAAAAAAAAAUGAAUUAACACAAGUUACUGUUAAUUUUCCAUGAAUAAUUCAAUUGUCUAAUUUCCAAAGAAGUAGCAGUUCCCUUAUAAGAACUACUGUCCUAGCACAACAACAGAACUAUUCAUUUCUAUAUCCUGCUAGUGUGGUUUUUAAUUUUUUUUAAUAUGCAUACCAUUGUUCGCUCACUUCCUACUGACUUUAAUGAUCCAGAUUAGUGAUUACGAAGUGCUUGAACUAAUGCAGUCCGAUUCUAGGUUAUAAACAAAUCACAAGCAGUAGAGUAAGGAAUAAAUUGAUCUAGAGAAGCUGGAACCACAGAUUCACUGUACCAUGGAUCCUUCUUUUUCGAUGGGUCUCAUUUAUAUCUGGUUGUUUGUGAGGUUAAAAUCUGUUGUUUUCCUGGUGUCACUUAGGUAUGACAAAACCCUCUAGGCCGCCAGAUAUUUAACAUCUGUACGCCCAUUAGUCCUCUGUACUGUGAGAUUGGUUGCUCUCUGAACCGAUGCCUUAGUGCAUUUCUCUGUUAAGCGUUUCGUCAAUGUGAAUUUCAGUAGGUUCUACAAAAGAACUAGCAAUAUUUUAUUUGUGUAUUCUACUAAGCCUUUGCUGUGUGAAUCUUGCUUUUAAAACAAAGUCCGCGCUAACCCGUUUUUAAAGACAGGAUGAGCUGUAUAACUUUUCUAACUUAACUUUUUAUAUUUAAAGAGAGCAAAGAUGCUCAAACACAUUGACACUCCUUGGGAGCAGAGAGAGAGAGGGGUAACACUGCAUGGUGGCUGAUGUCUGAAUGCAUGUCCACUGGUUCCGAGGCACUGUGACUUUAAUAAUGCCAGUAACAUGUAUAAUCUGAUAUGCAGUAUUAAUGCAGUGAGGAAGGGGAAGAGUCGAAAAACUUGGUCUAUUAUCACCUGCAUGAAAUUGAAGACAUUUUCAUUGCUUAUGAUUUAUACCCUAUACUUACUGAGUUCCUUCAUAUAAAUCUGACUUCUACCCAUGCAUUCCCUCUUAUUACAAUAUUUACAUCAAGUAUUCACCCAUGUUUUGGCCCUGCACAAAAAUAAACAAGGAUUUGAAUGCUCGUUUAUGUCUGAUCUCACCAUUUUGUUCUCCGUUACUUUUUUCAAGGUAAGUGGUCAGGUUCGAGUCAGUGUUUCCAAAUCUCUUGUGAUACCUUGAUGAGUGUGUGCUGGCCUUAGAGAGACACUCCAAUGCACAAAUACAAAAUAAAUAAAAAUCAAUGUACAUAUACUCCUAAUGAAAACUUGCAUGCAUUUACUUAGGCAUUUUAUUUGCAUUGGGG